GCCCGUACACUCGCCACGAAACCCUCCGUUAGUGGGUGGCACCGGCGCCUCUUUAAUUGCGCACCACGCACUAACGAGCAAACACGCAUCACCGUGUCAUCCCCACCGGUGUCCGCGGAUCUCGCUUUCUUGAGGGGCGGAGGAUUCCCCUUCGUGUCCCGCUAUUUACGGCGUCAAGAGUGAGGGAGGAGGAGAAGGUGGGCGCAGAGUCCCAGAGGUCCGGCGAGGGGUGGCGCCCUAAACGCGUCUCAUCCGGCUCUUGGACACGCUGUGCCGCUCGGCGACACGGUCCGCUCCCGCAGUCCGCUGGCUUGUUCCUGCAGCUCAUGAUUGUGACAUUUCCACGGAGGGGGACUGGAAACAUGUGCGCCCGGAUGGUGUGACACGGCGGCUUUUGGGGUUCGUUUCUCUCGGAUACGCCAAGUACCCGACGUUACGGCGCACCUUCUGUAGUAGGUGAGUACAUCAGUUUAUUCUUCUACUCCAGAUCAGACAGCUCAGCCUCUGCUCUGCACCUGUGGUGGGUUUUAUUGGCUGCUCUUGCAAUAUAUAUUGAUCGUGCGGAGCAUCGGAUGUGCUGAAUCCUGGUUCAACAGCAGACUUCCACACACACACACACAUCACUGCAUCCAAAAACACUGCAACAAAUCCUGACAUACAGUCUGCCCUGGUGUUUUAGUGCAUCAGUUAAUGUAUGGUAAAGUCUGGAGAGGUGUUGAUAUGAACAAAAUGGGAAAAUUCCAUUAUCAGCAGUUGAUGUGGCUGGUCAGAUCUCAUAAAUCUAAUCAACAGAAGAUGAGGAAUGAUGGUGGAUUCAGCUGAUCGUGAUUUGACAGUCCUAAAAGGGAGCAUCAUUAGACUUCAUUGACAAUCAAUCUGUAGAAAGAUAGGAAGGACUCUUUUCGCUUGCUUUGCUUGCUGUGGUUUCUUCCAAGAAAUUGUUCUCCUAGUUUGAGCCCAAAACAAACUUCUAGAAAGAGAAGAACCCAUCAAUCUUACAACUUGAAGAUCUUUGCCCCAAGUGCCCUUCAAGUGGUUUAUUUCAUGGUGGUGACAAAGCAGAUAAUAGGCGCAACUCUCUUAAAAUGUAGGACCACCACCGACACACUGGCAUCACCAAACACUCCACUGGAGCUUUGUGUUGGAGCUCAGUGGGAUGGUAUAGAGCUCGGUUUUAAGUGCGUACUAAUUGAACCUGCCGGCCACUCUCUCCAUUGUGUCAGGAAUGUUUGGUUGCCUGUUCUCCACAGAAACCCCCCAUUCCUUUGUUCUAUGGAGGGGGGGGGCGUCCUUCGAAUCCAUGUGUUUGUGCGCAGUGUUUGGGGGAGGGAGAGAAGGGUCAUUGGGGGUAUUGACAUCUGUAGCUGACAGCUUCCUCAGGGCGAGCUGACAUGCUGUGAUACCGUGAAUGAGUAUUAAGGAACAUAUGAGCGAGGCACUUCAUACUAACGAGGACAUUUAUUCUGUAGGCACGGCGCUCAGGAGCCGGUAACAAGUCUGCUGAGAUAUCCUGCAGACUCGUUUAUUGGUGGAGACGAUAGUUAUGUUUUUGGAUUGCUUUUCAACAAAUCGUUCUGUUUUCAGCAACUUUUCUAAAUCAGUUUGAUGUUGUCUUGCCCCCGUUCAGGCCCAAAUCUAGAGCCGAAAGUAUUUAAAAGUUGAGCCUACAAAUCAUCACCUGAAAAGACCCCAAGUGGAUCCUAAAUUUGCCAGUCAAAGAUCUUUGCUUUAGCCUAUCAGCCGCACCAUUUUACACACAGCAGCACAGGGGCAUCCUGCGGCCCCUCUACAAGCCGAGUCUCCGAAUGACCCUGCUGAGCUCAUCAUUCAUGAGCCAAAUGACUCCCCGAGGCCUUCUCCUCUCCAAAACAAUGGAACAGAGUCAUUUAAGCCAUUUAAACUACUGUUUAAGUCAGUUUCAUAUUAAGAGUCAGUGAUUCGCUUCAAACGCAAGGAGACACGGUCACACAAUGUCAGCGGGGUGGAGGGGGGCUGCUAGCUGAGCUGCCACUAAUUUUUAAGCAAUUAGUGUAGCCGGUGUGUGGUUCUGACUAAUCUCUUUACUGUUAAUCACUAUUUAUUCUCUUAAACGCAUUGUAUAACAGGAGCCAUGUUUAUUUUACUGUCUUAAACAAUGAAAAAAAAUUUAAAAAUAGCUUAACUUGUCCUAACUUGAAGCCAGCUGCUUUUCUGUGAUAGUCAAAUAAUUAAAAAAAAGAAAAGACAGACCGAAAAGUAGAUGAAUUAGUAGUUUAGCCUAUUAAGACAUAUAAAAGUACAGGUACAGUGCUCAGCAUUAAUGAGAACACCCCUUAAGAGUUGUCAGAAAACCAUAAUUUUCUUUUCAAAAUCAACAUUUUCUAUGUCAUACUAUACAACAAAAUACACACCCAAAUGUAGGCCAUUGAUUGCAAACAAGAUUUUGUAAGUUGAAUACAAAAAGUAUUUUUUCCAGUUUAAAAUCAGGAUGCAAAAAAUGAGCACACCCCAAUCAAAGUUCUGGAGCAAAGUUAAAUUUUAGUUACCAUAUCACCCUUUUUUUCAUCUAAUGGUAAAUAAACUGUGACGUUAAACUCAGCUUUGUCAAGAAUUUGGAAGUUGUACUUUUGCUCAUCUGGAUAUUGAGUAAUGCAUUACUUUUAAUAGGAGGUCUACUGACUUAUGCUGGGAACUGUACCUUCACCCUUGCCCGUCAAAACCAAUCAAAAUGUUCGGUUACAGCCUUAAUGCUGAAAUGCUCUACUAUCUAGAUGUAAACAAGCACAGAUGAAUCUUCAUGCCAAAUUUUGAGGCAGUCCUGUCAAACAUAUUUAUCAGGGUUCUUCUUCUGAGGACAAUGAAAAGCUACAAAGUCGCAUGAAACGCUCUCCUGGAUAUUUGGGUUCAGAGAUAAAAUUUCAAAGACCUGAAGGGUUCAGCCCUUAACUUCACAUCUUUGCCGAGCUCAUCAUUUUAGUUUUCUUACUUUUAAGACCAAUUAGUCGACAGAAGGCCUCUGUUUCCAUACUGCCAAGUCUAAACUUAGGCAUCACAGUCUGGAAAGCCCAUGCAGAUCUGUGGGCGUUAAAUCCCCCCAAAGGCAUAAAAGCUCAAAAAGUCAAGAUAAGCUGAAUGACAGAAAAAGAAGUUAUCAUUUCAUUUUGCCAAGAGGAUUUUCCUGAAAGGUUGUCAGGAACAAAUCCCGCCAAUUCUCUCUGCUUUUGUCUGUAUGGCAGAGGCAAAAAUUGUGCGCGUCAGUCAUUUCAACACCUUCCUCCGAGGAUGGAUAUCUACUGUCAACAUUUGGAAGGAUUUUCAGAGUUCAGCCGCUGAACAAUCUCCGCAGCUGCUCUCUUAUCGCCAGUGUCAGGAAAAGUCGACAUUAACACUGAAAAACACCCGGAAAAUAUCAGCUGUCCCAUCCAGGGCAACAGACCCUCUUAAAUAAACGAAUCAGGGGGAGGUUCAGGAAAAGGGAAACUCUGGUUUCUGACUCUUGCAGCAGAAAGUCCGAGUUGAUGGGAAACUUUUUGGGAAUGCAGCCAUGGCAGCAUGAGCAGGUUUCACAGUUGUAAGUAAGCGUCCCUCAUGACUGGUAGUGAGUGGUACACCAUGAGGUGGAAUGCAAGCCCCCACGGGCCCCCUAACGCUACACAGUAUGUGUUCAGGACGGACUUUGCACCUUCCUCCAGCGUGGUAAAAAGAAAAAGCGGCCAAAAACAGGAUUUCACCUCUACAGAGAGAGGAAAAAACAGGCUGUGCUUUGCUUGCACGUUUCUUUUCCUGUGCUUUUUUAAAUACCACGCAGUAUUAACGAAGGCUUUCAGCUGCUUUCGAAACAACUUUCAUUAAAGCGGAGAGAGGGCUCGUAUACAGGAACCACGGGGGGAGGUGACUCAUUGAAAAGCGAGCGAAAACCACUCUAUUCAACCAAGAGGAGAAAAAAAAAAAUUCCCCCUUCUUUAGCCACUUAUGAUCCUAUCACUUAAAGAGCGUUCCCAUAGGACCAGACGGAGCCUGGGUCGACUGUGCAGAACGAAAAAUCCCUCUUUCAUGAUGUUGACAUUUGGACGCUAUUGUAAGGCUUACAGUAGUAUCAGAGCAGGCUGUAUUCACCUAUUGGGGGGUAUCUGAGUGAACAGACCACCAUGUGGGGCCCCAGGUAAACAAAAGCUUUCAACAGAAGCGACCCCACCUGCCGUUCGCACACAGAGGCCACAGGAAAAGCAGAUAGAGGAAGAAGAGGAGGGGGAUGUAAUGAAUAACUUACCGUUAUGAUGAUUAAAGAGGGCGAUUGGCACGGCGAGAUAAGGCUGCGGUGACCGUUCGAGCAUGAGGUGUUUACAAGGGGAAUUCCUCGCAUUCCUCGGCUGCAGCCAUGCCACUCUGAUCUGCACCUCCACCCACUGAUGGUCACCCUCUGUGCCAAGAGAGACCCAAGGGGCAAAAGGGUCCAAUGAGUUCCCCCAACAGGAAGUAGCCCCGUCACUGCGUUAUAGUUUGGAGAUUUUUGGGGGGAGUAUUUGAUGGAGCUAAUUCAGCAGGAACAUGUGCAGUAGAUCUCCAAAAAAGCUUGUUUUUAGCUCGCUGUAGAAAAGCGAGAUUUGAUGUGAAGGAUAGAAUCAAGGUUCACCACACAGUCAAGCAUUUGAGGAAGGCUGGAGCUUUGUUCUUCAUGUAUCAGUAAAACCUUGCAACCUGGCUCCAAAUGAGGACUGUAAGAGUAUAAUUGGUCCACUGAUUUCUUGUAGAUUUGUAAGGAUUUGAAAUGACAUUCGUGGUUCCCUGAGGAUGAGCCCACAUAACCUUAAUGAGCUAUAACUUUGCCUCUAUAGCACUAAAUUGUCAGUGAAACAUCAAUACGUACAUGCGACAAACCGACACAAAUGUAAGUAAAAUAUUCAUGGUACUCAGAGGAUGAACCCUUUCUCAUUUGUUCUCAUUGACUCUCUGCUCCAGUGUCAUCCUCACAUAUCAGACAGUGUUGCCAACCUAGCAACUUUGUCACUAGAUCUAGCGACUUUUCAGACCCCCCUAAAGUGACUUAUUUUCAAAAAAGAGCCUAGCGACAAAUCUAGCGACUUUUUCUGGAGUUUAGAGACUCGAACAUAAACGCAGGAAUCGAUGUUACUCUUCUCAACAGGUUGCCAGUGUGCAUCAAAAAUACAGACACAAACACUCAGACAACCCGUGGAAGACUCCUCCUCCUCCUGCUCCCGGGGAUGGUGGGGUCGGCGGCGACAGUGGGUUUGACUGAGAAAUUGUGCAAAUUAGGCGAUGACGUCAUCUAGCGACUUUUACGACAGCCACUAGCGACACUGAUCUCAGAUUGCUCUUUUAGAAAGUGAACAAUGACCAGCAAAUGAAAAAAUUAAGUCUUGUUACACCCGUCUGACAAACUAGUCUUUAACUAGAUUCUAAAACUGUCUUUACCCCCCAGAGGAUAUACCCUGGUCACAAUGGUCAAAAAGCUGAGAGACUCAACGUGAUAUAACAAGUGUGGCAAAAGUGUCAUUUUUCAUCAUAGUUGAACCCCAUCCCAUCAACUAUUAACUGGAUUCCCAUGAAGCUUUGCUCAGAGGAUGAACCCUUUUGACUUUGUAGAUCCCAAAACUUUCCAUCAAAGUGUUAAAUUAGCUAGAAGUAAGUGAAUCCUGUCAACAUACACAGCAGAAAUAUUCAUGGUACUUGGAGGAUGAAGCCUGUGAAUCUGGUAUUUUACUGUCAUGUCCACUGACACCAUUAUAAAGUUGUGUUUUAAUGGAUUAUUCCACAAUCUACCAAGUAAGUCUUUUCGGAACAUGGCACCCAUCGUCUUUGGGCCUCUUCAGAGACCAGUCUAGAGUCUUAACAUGACCUCACAGAGCCACUGGCAAGUCCAGAGUAUUUGAACCUUUUUUCUGUUUCCCUGUUAGUCUAACAUACAGACUUAUAUAAUAAAUAACAAGACUUAGUUUGAAGAAAACUGUUUGAAUCGCACCAACAAAGGGCUGCUUUGUCGUCAAAUAUUUAACCUGCUUAUGUCAAACUUCAGGAUGAUCCUCGGAGCUCUACCGUAAUACCUGAUGGAUUUCUUGGUGUUUUAAGGGUCAUGUGGGUCACAAGCAAGUCUGGUAGAAAAGCCAAGGGAUAUACUUAGCACACUGCAGUAAUAAUAAUUUAGAAAAAAGAAAUUUGGAAACACUUGAUGUAACUUAAAAGACUGAACUCAAGUCUGCGUAUAUGUUUGCAUUAAGAAGACCUGUAAAUUCUGCAGGUUCCAGUUAAACAACAAAGCCCCUUUAAUCCAGUGGUGUUGGUGUUUAAAAUGACUAAUCACCCCUUCAGUUCUUCAGUUCAGCUCAAAAGUGACACACAAGGUCUUUUUGGGACACCGGGGGUUGGUAUUUUAGGAUCAUUCAUCACAUUUUUAAAUUCAGUGCAGAUGACCGGGCCUAAUAGGAUUAUGAGAGGGCCUGGGGGGGAGAGAAGGAGUCCUGGGGGUUACAUGUCACCCCUUUAAACCCAGCCCCGAGGUCAUGUGGUAGAGGGUGGACAAUGCAAGCAGGUGUCAGCCUGAUGAUUACUGGGUCUGAGGCGAGGCUCACCUAUCAGGAUUACUCAGAGCCUCUAAUGGACCACGAGUUGUGACCCUGACUGGUGAGGAAGUAAAUCGCCUUCCUCUCGCCCAGAAAAGUGCUUUUCUAUCAAGUCAAAAUAAGUGAGAAAGAGCUUCAAGUUUGUGGUUACCUUGGCAACUUCUUCAAUCUAGAUAUUUGUUCUUUCAGCGCAGCAUCAAAAAGCAUAAAUUUCUUUUCAUUUAUAGUUUGUAAGAACUCAUCAGUCUUUUGGAAACAGCAAAUUGUGUUCAUCUUCUAUUUCCUCUGUGUUUUCUGUGUCUCUGUCUGGAAGCUUUUGAGCAAUCAGUUCAGAAUCAAACCAUGUCCAGCAGCCAGACUCAUCUGAUAGAGGCUGCAGAUUAAAGUGGCACCAUAUGCCGGGGACUGAAGGGACCCCUCCCCAUGGCAGAGCUUAUUAUCAGGCUGCUAUGUCACUGUCAACAGCUAAUUGUUGUGGAGGAUUGAGGUGAAGGGGGAACAAGUCUGCUAUCUUGUCUUAAAUGCUUGGUCAUCCCGACUAAAUUAAAGCAUCCUCUCCAAAUAAGCUUAAACCGCGUUUGCAAUCACCUCGCCAAAGCUUGGAUUUAAUUUUGUGACUUACACCAACCUCUGUCGAGCUGUUGAUUCCAAGUCAAGGCGGCGUGAGUACCAGGAAACGAAGCUCUUGAGUUUAUAAAACCAUUGUUUUCUGUCUGUGCCCUGCCUUGUGCCGCAUAUGGCUCAUUUCAUGGCUGCUGGAGAGCCUGAUUGAUGGGCUGAGGAGAAGUGGGGCUGGUGUUCCUCAUGUGCAGCACUUGGCAAGGAGAGAGUGAAGCCCUCAGCAAGGUCGCAUGAGGUAAAAGUGAAUAUAUAGAAGAUAGGGGAAAGGGGGCAGAGUGUACUCCUCAAGCACCAAAGAUUUUCUCAAAGCGACAUUUUAUGCCCUGGGGUUUAUGAUUUUUUUUGUAGGGGGCUGUUUGGAGAACAAAUCAACGGUAGAUGGAAGCCAGAAUAGCCUAUGUCUGAAGGAAGUGGCUUGAGUACUGACACAGAAGCUAAGCUACGUAUCGCUAUGGACAGGAUUGAAGCUAAUCGACUCGAGCCAAUUUGUUGGAUACAUUUCUGAGUAAUAGUAAUGUACUCCUACAUGGGUCGGCAGUCAUCUGUUUUGGUCUGAAAGUUUUGAGUCAAGCUCAAACUUUCGACGAACUUUGCCAUUUUACUUUUUUUGCAUACUGGUAUUUUUGCCAGUUUCGCUCGGUUCCUUUUAACACUAUUGUGUCUGAAGACGUUUGUAUGAAACCCACAAACCCAGCUUUAAAGAUGGGCCUGAAUAAACAUCUGCCUCCCUCUUGAUUGAUGGUUGUCUGCAGGAGUUAUUCCCAAGUGUUUUUAUGGUUUAAAAGAGUGUACUUUUGUCCUCGACUUCUACAGAGUGUGGAUUUCUCUUCAAUGUGUUGUCUCUUCUAGUGAUAUCUGACACAUUGUGCUGCAUGCUUAGGAUAAAGAAUUGUUGUCCACUUAAAAAUAUCGUCUUAUAGGAAGGGCUGAUUGAUAAUACUUGGCUACUUAAAGGGAUAUUCCGGUGUAAAAUUAAUUUAGGAUCAAACACACCUUAACACCGAGUUAGACACCCUGUCGAGAGAUGAAUGUUGCCCACUGCUUGUUUCUCUAGUUAUACCAACUUUAGUAAUGACUGCAGGAUAGCAAAACACAGCGGUCUGAGGAGCUAUAAACAAACGUCAACCAAAACGCCACUCUAUAGCCACAAAUAAUGCUCAGAACAGCACAGAGAGACUCGCAAAGAGACUAAACACAACUCACCUACUCUCUUCCAGCAGCUGCUUGUUUGUAACUCGACCUCGGGCCAGUCCAUUACAGACUACAGCAGGGUGGCGCAGCUCAAGGAAGAACAUUUAUGAUCAUUUUUAAUGGAAAUGCAGUCAGACCAAUAAAUGAUUAAUAUGGUGAUCAUUACUUCAAAGAAAUGAUAAAGAAAUUUUACGCCGGAAUAUCCCUUUAAGUUGGUCUAGCGUGGGGUGCGUUAGCUGCACAAAGUGUCGCUUAUAGGCCGAUGCUCAAAACAGUGUCUCCAAUUUUGAAUGCCAGAGCUGGAGAGGGUAUCGCAUCGUCAUAUAGAAGAGUUUAGAGUGUAUAGAUUAAACUGUGCCUUUCUUAAACCCUCUUUAAAAUAGGUGAACUAUCCCUUUACGAACUGCACAUGACUGCUUGAUUGUAGAGCAGUGAGAUGAUACGGUAUGUUUCUGAUGUCUUCUUUGCUGUGGGUGUCCUGGGAGAUGACAUUUCAUCGCAGUCAUCGUGAUAACCAGCUUGGGGAGGAUUCCUCAAAUAUGAAACUAUCUGUGCCUGUCACCCCCAAUUAGGGAGCAGUUUGUAUGGUUGUGCUCCCAUUCUCCUCCAUCCUCCUCCUCCUCCCAUCUCGCUCUCCAAUCUCAGAGAUUCGUGGCCUCAGGGGGCUGGAAAGCUGUCUAGUAAUCUGAGAAAGAAUUAAUUCUGAAUAAGAUGGAGAGGAGCGUUGGCAAAUUAAUUUACAGACUCAGAGCGGCGUUUAAAAGAAAACUGCUAAACGACGCCGUGGGAUUUCGCCCGGUUUGUUUGCGUGUGCGUGGAUGUGUUUGUGGUGCCGGUAGUGGUGGCAAGAGAUGGUGGUUUCGUGGCAGCUACAUCACCAUGGAGACAGGACAUUGAUGCUGGAAUGAGUACAGUUUUGGCAGCUGAGAUAAACAACAUGGCAACAGAAAAAUAAAACACAGGCAGAGGCCGUUUGAAGAAUGAACGCUCUCCUCCACCUUUCUAACUUCACUGUCCUCACACUUGAACACUGCUCUGCCCCUUAUCCGCUGAACCACAGAAUUCAUGUUCACACCCAGAUUAUCUCAUACGUACUGAGAGAGUGGCACUUUUGUGGCCGGUAGGCAGCACGAGCCAAAUGAAACUGCUGCUGAAGCUGCUGGAACGACUCCUCCCCUUUCCUUCCUCCCUGAAGAGAAGAGUGUCCUUUUAGAGAAGAGAUGACUUGACGUUUUGGGUUUGUCAGAAGCUGCAAAUAAAUUGGACACACUGGUCACUGCGCAGGCUGUUCGUGCCGGACAAACACUGCAGCUCACUGUCGUAGUAUACGACGUGUCAAGUCUGCUGUUGCAACUGCAAUGAUUUUCCUCCCUUUUCUCAACUCACUGAUGGUGUUUCUGCAUUUGGUGCCUUUGGAUUUAUUACAUCUGUCACGUUUGCACACACUGUUGAACACUUAAAGGAUCAAACCAGCGCUUCUGCAAAUUGACCUCCUAUAUGCUGUUAUCUUUGAAAAUGUGGAUCGCCGGUUUAAGACUUUCUUGCCAAGUGUCAGACAAAAAAAAAAAAGCUGCUUACAUGUCUGUCAACUACUGAGUCAGAGCUGAGGGUUAAUAAGUUUAGCAUAGAAACCUGGAAAAGGUGGGAAACAGUUGGCCUGGCUCGGUCCAGUGUCAAAAGAUGAACAUGUUUAUCCACUAUCAAGAGAAACAGUUAAAGCAACAACAUAUGAAAAAUAUUCUGAAAUUAUUUUGAACAUUUACUUGUUGAGGGAUAAAUUACAUAACGUAUUUCUUCUUAUCUAGCUAGGCCCUGGUUGAUUUUGUAGUCCCUUUUACAUCGUCCACUCAAAGUGGGACUUUUUAAGCCUUGUAAACAAUGUGAAACUAAGUGGCAACUUUUAACGUUGAGAAUCAAAGCAAAUACUAAAGUGCAAAACAUUGCAGUUGCUUAAGUGUCCAUUUGAGGCCAACACCAAGAAAGCAAUGUUGACACCCAUGUUGAAAUACUAAUUUACAAUGUGGCGAUGUUACAUUUUCAUUUAGCAGAUGCUUUUGUCCAAGUGAUGUAGAUUUGAGAGUAAUGGUGCGUUCGAGUUACCUCGGAAGUCAGAUGUCGAAGCUGAAAAUAACGUCACACCCAAGUUACCAGCGUUUGAGUUAACAAGUCGGAAAAAAGCAAAAUCGGAGGUGGAAACAAGAUCUAUGAAAGUUAUUAUAGCAAUUGCCUUGUCGUUGCGUAUAUUCAGACAAGGCAAGCGCGAACUUUCGCAGUUGUAGCCAUCUUGUUUCCAACUCCAAUUUUGCUUUUUUCUGACUUGGUAACUGAAACGCUGGUAACUCAGGUGUGACAUCAUUCCCAGUUCCGAUAUUCGACUUCCGAGGUAAUUCGAACGCAGCUUUAGUACAGCACAAGCAAAGAUCUAGUGGUUUUUUUUAUUACUACCACCAUCGCAACUAAAAUGAAUCAAUUCAACAUGAAAUCACACUGACAUUAUCAUCCUCAUCAAUUUCAACAUUGUCGUCACCUUCAGCGCCAAACUACCAAGUUUUGGGUUGUCCACAAAGAGCUUUGCCAACAAGUUUCCCAGAAGUAGAAGGGGACUGUUUCUAUCACAAGUGGUUGUAUGAGCUGGAGUCAAGUGUGCAGGCCUUCCUCAAAGAGCUGGAUCUUUAGCUUUAGGGACUCUGCAGGUCUAGAGUUUGGUAACUCAUUCGACCCGGACUCAGACUCCAGGUAGGCAGUUUUAUAGUAAAGAAGUUGGGUUUAAUAUUUGAUGCAAACUGGAAGCCAGUGUAGAGAAAACAGAAGUUAACAUGCAGAAGUAAAUGUGUUAAAUUAUGGUUCUUUACUUUAUCUGUUCUGGGAAUACUCAUCUCUUUUUGAUUAUAUAGAGAAGUAAUAUAAUAAUUUACUUUAUUCAGUGCUGUGUGCCAGGAGGCCAAACGCUCAUCCCUGUUCAACCUAUUCGCCAAUGUCGAGGUUGACCUGAAGUAAAAAGAAGUCAGUAUUUCCAUAUACGGUAACCGCCAUUGAUGGGCCCUUAAAAGGUCUUUACAGAAAGUAAAGGGUGAUAUCGCUGAGAUUACUUCCAUGUUUUAUACAGUCUACAUGUAAAAGGCAUUAAAGCGUAAUGACAAGGUGAAGUUGUAAGCUGCCAUCAGAUGUAGUAUCAAGUGUAACAGAGCUAUAAAAGUGUCACUGUAAAAAUCAGAGCCCAUGAGAAUGAGCACGAAUGCGUCUGUGUGUUUGGUUUACAUGUGCCUCUUGUGUGUCUACAUAACUGUAACACAAUGAGAAACCCACACAACAUCAACACUAUCAACAUUAAUAGCACGCCGUACUAGAGAUAAUUCAAAAACGACUGAAGUGUGUUGACAGCUGGUGACAGAUGAAGCCUAAAAAUAAACAGAAUUUGAAGAAAAUGAGUCCAAACUUAAUCCGAACAGUAGAUUGAACACGAUUGCAUGAUUUGCAAGCAUUUAAUGUGCGAAACCACAGAAACAGCUCCUCAAAUUGUAAUUCAUGAAGAGUUUUGUCGUCUGCGGUACAAGAGUCAUCUUUUGCAGAAACUGUCACCGCAGCGGCUCUUAAAAUAAUAUCAGUGAGGUUUGGCCGGCUCCCCUGUUUUUCCCCUUGGGCUCUCACUUCAUUCUUCACUUAUCCUCUAAUAACAGAUCCUGCUGCUCAUCCUGCUGUAUUGUCCAAAGUCUUACGUGGCAAAGUGGAGCGAGGCUGCGGAGUGACGAGGAGAAAGACACCUGCACGUUCUCUCCCUCCCAGCCAGUCAUGUCUCCCCGCGGGGGCCGAGCUUUUGACAUUUAACUACGAGAGCUGUAAACAGGCCACUGGAAUGCCAUUGACAUUCAUUUUGUGUGGAGCAGUUUCCUUUCUUCUCGCUGGGUGAAUUUUACGUCCUUGCUGCUCAGUAUGAAGUGAGUAGAGAUUGAAAAUAUGCUCUUCAUUUUCAAGCUAAAUCCAUUGGAAAAAUGUUUUAAUGUGGUGGUAAAAUGUCAGUUUUUGAAGAUUAAUAUUGGGUAACACUUUACAAUAACCAUAACUUAUACAUGGUAAAUAGACCAUUUAUAAAUGGUAAGCAGAUAGUUUAUUCAUGUUUAAACAUCAUUUAUAAAUAGCACAUAGACCGUAAAUAAAUAGUAAAUUUCACUAUUUUAAAAACCUAACCCUAACUUUACAAUAACCAUCUAAGUAAUGUUUAUAUGUGGUUUAUAAACCACUUAUUAAUCAUUUACAAAGUAUUACAAACAUCAGUCGCAACUUUACAAUAACUAUCUGAGUAAUGUUUAUAGAUGGUUUAAAAACCAAAUAUUAACCAUUUACAAAGUGCUACUGACACACAUUUUAAUCUAGAUGUUUUACAACCAAUAUUUAAGCCCUAUAUAAACCUUUAACAAUUAUAUUAAAUAUUAACUUACACAAAUAAACUAUCUAUUUGCCAAUUAUAAGUUAUGGUUAUUGUAAAGUGUUACCAAUACUGUUCAAAGUCAUUUUCAAUAUUCUUAUUGAUAUGCUCUUAUUUUGAAAGUGAGACUUCGAUGCUUUUAUUUUAUGUAUGAUCACAAAAGCAUUUUCAUUUUUUCCUUGUCAUCUGUCACCUAUCAGCUCCAAAUAAAUUCCACAUCUUGGCAAUCGUGCUAUGAUUUUAGAUUAAUAAACAUUCAGGUAUCUAAUAAUCAUGUAUUAUUUUAUUUGUUUUGACUACUUUAUAGGAGCAUUUCCCAAUAUUCUCCAUUUCUGCUAAUUAAGAGUUAGAUUUUUCCACUUGCCUAUCACAACUGCAUGAACAAAUAGUCCACCUUUAGAGAUUUGAGGCCCAAUUAUUUUUAUUUGCUUCAAAAAAGCAUGAUGAUAAGGUUAUAAUUACUAAAGUGCUGAAACUAUUUCACAUAAAAAUAGACCUUCCAGUUAUGUAUAAUCUGAAUCCAAAGGAACACCAUCUGAUAUUUUCUUUCUUCUGCUCUUAAAAAGAUAAUUUUGCAGCUUAUUUUUGUUUGUUUAUAUAUCAAAAUAUGUGAAUUUUUUUGGGCGAAGAUUAAUGAAACCUUUGCACACUGUUCUGACGAGGCACAGUAAUCACCGGCUUCUCGUAGUUCAUUAUUUACCUGAUUAAUGUAAGAACCAAAGGGGGAGUAUCAUCAGUGGUUUAUCACUUAAUCAUUGACUCUAUGAACCUCAACCUCAUCCUCGGCUCUUCUUUCACGCUCAAUCUUCACCUCACCUGACUGUUCAUUCUUUAUCCAUAACAUUAAACACUGCUGAUUCUGUGUGCGUAGGUGUAUUUGUGUGUGUGUAUGUGAGCACGUGUGGCGUCACAGAUCUCGUCCAAACCAUGCUGACUCUGGCUUGUUCCUCUGCUGUUUACCUAUUCAUUAAUUCAGCUAUGACUGAUAGCACGAGCAAACCAAAGACCUCUAUCCCAUGGUAAUUAAACGUCUGUUGGUGAGACAUUUUUCUCCUGGAGAGCAUUUUAAAAACUGACACACACACACUCACACACACACACACAGAGAGUCUUUAUAUAGAUGUGGUGCCAGUGGGUGUCCCGGCUAGCUCUGUUAAUUAGUGUGCCGAGUGGUUGCACUGAUUGCUUCAUUAUUUCUCCAAUAGUCAUCUGUUGGAUACAUUUUUGAUGGAUGUUGCAUAUUUGACAGUAAUCCAUGCAAAAAGCUCCCCAUGCAAACUGUAAAGCUAUCUGACUCUAUAGUAACAACAUUAUUUGCCUAAUGCAGGGUUUGAAAAUUCCUCAGAGGAGCUUACACACUCAUCUGUCCUGAUCCUCUUGCAAUGGACUUGCACAACGGUGCGCUAAAACUCAAUAGCAAUAACCUUAACUGUACAGCCCCUCAAUACUUACACACAAAUCCUCUUUGGAAACAGUUUGCACCUACUCAAGAGUGUUAUGACAGGGAGGUAUUAAGAGUAUUUCAUCAUUAUUUUGUGCUUGAACAUUUUAAGUGUUGCUUGUUAUUUUGAGUCACGAAAAGCGACUGUGUUAGCGAGAACAAGCAUGAUAAUAAGCUAAACCUUAAAGGGUUGUUCUGGUGUAAAAUUAAUUUAGGGUCAAACACACUGUAACACCGAGUUAGACACCCCCUCAAGAGAUGAAUGUCUGCGACUGCUUGCUUCUCUAGUUAUACCAACUUUAGUAACGACCGCACGACAGCAUUACACAGCGGUCUGAGGAGACAUACACAAACCUCAACCAAAAACGCCACUCUGUAGUCACAAAUAAUGCUCAGAACAGCACCUAACUUCAUCAACAGUACAUAUAGGGUCCCAGCCAUAGUACUAGCCACCAAACAUCUUUUUAACUUUGCCUGAUUUCUUUAACAAAGAGACUAAACACGACUCACCUACUCUCUUGCAGCAGCUGCUUGUUUGUAGCGAGACCUUGGGUCAGUCCAUUACAGACUACAGCGGGGUGACGCAGCUCAAGGAACAACAUUUAUGAUCAUUACUUUAUCAUUUCCUUGGACUAGUAAUCACACUGCAAUUUGCACUGCAGACGCGGUAGUUCUUCUGCCUUAGCAUCUCGGUCUGAUUGCACUUCCACGAAGAAAUGGCUACAAACAAGUGGCUGCUGGAAGAGAGUAGGUGAGUUGUGUUUAGUCUCUUUGCUAAAGAAAUUAGGCAAAGUUAAAAAGAUGUUUGGUGGCUAGUACUGUGGCUAGGACCCUGUAUGUACUGUUGAUGAAGUUAGGUGCUGUUCUGAGCAUUAUUUGUGGCUAUAGAGUGGCGUUUUGGUUGAGCGCGUGACUCUCUGUAUUGCUGUCUGCGGUCGUUACCAAAGUUGGUAUAACUAGAGAAGCAAGCGGUCGGCAACAUUCAUCUCUCGAGGGGGUGUCUAACUCGGUGUUGCAGUGUGUUUGACCCUAAAUUAAUUUUACGCCGGAAUAUCCCUUUAAUGUACCUCUGAUCUGAAUAGCUAAAACCACAUUUAGCAACUUGGCUGCAGAGUCUUAUGUUGAUAUAAAUUUCUAAAUAUUGAAAAGAUUAAGCUUCUGAAAUUUAUUAUAGACUGCUUCUUAUUUGUUUUCUGCUACAUUGAAUUUUGCAGACUUUAGAGUGCCGUUUAAGAACAAAAAGGCAUUUAGAAAGACUCAUUUUUUCACUGGUUUCAGAAUAAUUGAGACAGUAAUUAUAAGAAAUCGCUGUAGGAUAUUAAGUUUAUUCACUAAUGAUCAUUUGUUUAGGCAGAAUUGUAAAUCUUUAGAAAGCCGUUGUAAUUAUUUGUUUUCAUUUUGAAGUCUUUGCCCCUUUAGAAACUCUCUCAAUGUUUUAUUUUUAUCCAAAUAUUAUAUAUUAUAUUUAUUCAAGAUAUUCUUAAACCCAGUACAUCCCAUCCAUGAUUCGCUGGAUUUCUGGCAGUACCACAGGGCAAUGUCUGCUUUGUGAUAUUAAUCCUGUUAUUAUGUCACGUCUCUGAGCUUCUGACACCUCUUUCCUAGAACCGGACUCCCACUGGACCGGCCUCAGUCGGAUCUCACUUACAAAUGUCAACCCUGUCAGGCUCCCACGCUUUCAUAUCUUCUGUCACUGCCAGGUAAACACCAAACCCCAGGGCUGCAGAGAGCAAGAGCUCAGGUCACCAUCGCUCCUUUUCCAUCGAGGGUCACGCUUCCAGCUUGUCUUGCUGCGCCUCUUCUCUCCUUCUCGCUCCUGUGGCGGCUGACAAGCAAAGGUCACUCUUGUCCUGGUGGAGGACUUUGAGCUCCAUCGCUCUGAAAAUUAAUCGCAAACUCACAAGAGUUGUUUGUUUUGUGUGUGUACUUCAUCACAUGUAACUCAGCCUCUGUAUAAUUGGCUUAUUAGGCCUUUGGACUGUUUGGCGAAUUGUUCAUUCAAGAGUGAAUUCUUCAGUUUCAGGCCAAUCGUCCUUGUCAUGUUUUCGCGGAGUGCGUUCGCCUUCGUCUGUCAGCGUAACUCGCAUGGAGAAGCCUAAUUGAUGCGUGUGUGUGUGUGUGUUUGUGCAUACAGCGAGCCAGACACACUCUCAGGACUAGCAGCUCUUGGAGUUAAUCCGUCUCACUAAUAGCAAAAGGGGGGAGGUGGGGUAGAGAGGAGGAGGAGGAGGAGGAGAGAGGAGAACAAUACAGAUCUCUGCCUCCGUCUCCAGGCACACGUGGUCAUCGCCCGGCGGGAAAUCUCUGGACCUUGGACGUUCUCUGCGGAUGUGGCUCCUCUCGUUCUCUCGUCCCAGCUGGCUCUCAGCGCUCUCUGCUGCACCGCUCAAGGAAACGAGGUACAAUACACCCCCCUCCCCUCCAGAAAAACAUCCUUCUGCACCGCUUUUCGUUCCUGCCAUUGUCACUGAGACAAGAGGCUACGUCAGGAGGUAAAAUUAGGGACGUGUUUGUGGAGUGAGGAACUUCCUGCACUCUCUAAGGUGUGUGCAUCACUGUUUCAGCUGAAAGUACAUCAGCAGCCCACAACCGAAGACAGGAAGUGUAGAGACAAGGUGGACACGAUAUGUUUUUCCUUUGUCAUAAUGCAAAUCUUUCUCUACUGCUGCUACUUCGUUGACAUUCCUGAGUGCGGCAAAGGCCUUUGUUUCCUGUCCCGCUCCGGACACGGCUCCUGUGUGGCUCGUAGAUACUCUCAGGCAGACUCUCUGAUCGAUUGUUCACAGGAAAGAGGGAAUUCCACUGCUUAUUUGUCACAUUUUUGCGCCAUUACAUCUUGAAAUGCAAACAAGAGGAUUGUUCUGAUACAAAAGAAUAACCGCAGUGAGUUAUUUCCGUUAGCGGUGAUCUCACCUCCUUUAGUUUUUGUAGCUGCGUUUGUCGAAGACUUUCAGAAAAACACAUUUUAUAAUUUUCAGCUGUUCCCCUACAAGGAAAAGCUUAUUUCUCUCACACACGAACUUUUUGUUUAUUUCUUUUUAGAGUUUAACAAAAGAGUGAUUUGCCAUUUUCAUUCUCCUCAUUUUCAAAGGUUUUUAGUUGCCGAAAGAGGAACGUCGCUUUCAUUUUUCAGCACAAAGUUCACUCUCGGCCUUGGGAUCAAUCAGUUUGGGACGAAUAAUAAGAAUUCACAGCCCCUUUUUUUUCUUUUUUGACAUCUCGCUGUGUUUGUUGGCAAUAAAUCUUGCGCCGAUCUCGGGUAAUUUUGUCACAUAUCCAAAAUGAGAUGACUGAUAUUUUUUUUGUCCUUUGUCCUUUCUUGCAAAUCACCUCAUGACCCAUUUUGAUCUGUCUGACAGCUCAACAGGGGGUCCCAAUCCCCCGUUUUGAACCCCCCAUAGCAUUACUGUACCCAUUUAAUUGUGCGGCAUCUUUAGUUUUUAUAAUAACAAUAUAAUCUCCACACUUGCAUGAUUCAAACCGCCCAGAGUUUGUUUUUGCUUCCAACCCACCCGCAUGUUGAAACCAGCUCAUUGUCGCCCUCUCUAACAUCUGCUGUGUUGAUGAGAAGGGAUUAAGCUUGUUUGUGAUAUUAUGCCAUCUAUGUUUGCUGAAAUCCUUAACGUCUUAUUCGGCAUUAGGCAAAACCUUGAAGUGUCCACGUCUGAAGGGUACAACAAUGACUUAGUCAUCUUGCAGCAUUUCACCUUUAAUCUAUUGUAAAGCCAAACAAAGUGCUGCUCGACUCAUGUUCGUGCACGAUACUUUGUUUGCUGAAAUGACUCAUUUUUUUGCAGCAUCUGUAUUGUUAGAGCUUGUCUGCAUUCGAAGGCAUUAAACCUUCACCCAUCUGUGAGACAUCAUUUCUUUCGAGACUACCAGCUCCCUCCAGCUCACGUACUGGUUUCACACAGCAGACCAUAAGGACUGUCUAAUGGUCCUGCUCAGUUUAAUGUCGCAGCAGUCGUGCCGGAGUGCACUGACGAUGCUUCCAGUCUCAAAAGUUGAAACACAAUAAAUCAAAGCCUGUGCCUGUGCAGUAGUUAGGUAGGAAAAAGUGACUGCCUUGGGUUAAUGAAUUACCUGUUCUGUUAGAGGUGCGUUCAGGGAUGCCGUGUGUUAACUGUGCUGCCUGCUGGGUGGAUGGAGAAUGGAUCGCGGCUGACAGCACCCCUGGCAUUGCAGCACUACUGCUGUGUCAUGCUAUUUUGCCAUGCUGUCGGCUUGUCUGUUUGUCUCAAUUUAAAACCCCUGGAGAGGUGUUUGCUUUUAUUGGAUCUGUGGAGCUAAAAAUAGCUUCUGCCUGAGUAAUCAGAGCAGAAAACAGAUUGAACAGUGAGAUGUAAUUCAACAGGGGUCCCGUGGAAGUUGGAAACUGUUAAAUCUAAAUGUUGAUUGAUAUUAAUGACCCAAGCAAAGUUGAAAAAAGCAUGACCACAAGUCAGAUAGAUAAAUAUAUAAUGUUGCAAGUUAAUAAUACUCAUUUUUAGCAGCAUUUGCAAACCUAAUUGUCUUCAACAUUUCCUUAAAUGAUGAUAUCAACAUUUAGAGAUCAGUCUCCAAAAGCAUUGCUUGUUGUCUUUGCAGAAAAAAAUGUUGCAGGAAAUCUGUCAUAACCUCUUAUGUAUUUGCCUCUUUAUUCAGUUUUUAAAAUACAUUAUUCCUUUUGUAAAUAUAAAUAUUUCAGUCGUCUCCCAGUAGAGGAACUCUGUGAAUGUGUCAGUGAAAAAGCCUUGCAUUGUUUAUAUAGCCCACAGCUUCCAUUUCGAACCAGUUCCUGUAGUGACAUAACAACAGGAGUGAUUUGCAUAUGCAUGAAUGUAAAGCCACUCCCACCCCUCAAGCAGUUCUGCUUCCUUCUAUGCUGUUGUGGUUUUGCUUCAGUAUUGCAGAGUCAAGAAAUCAGGUCAGAGUCUGGCACAUCAGCUGCCCCUUAAGAUGUCAGUCAGUACAUGUACAUGCAGAGUUCGUUCUAGCUACAGUCUUGGGUUGAUUCGGCAUAACUAGACUACUGUUUUUGUCUUAGUCUGACAGCACCAGGCAAGAAAUCAACCAAUCCAUCCUUGUCUUUGUCGACAUCCUUUCUUUUUUCAUCAAGGUUUUUUUUACUAGCUGAUUUACUUGCAGCUCAGUUACACAAAUAAACGUAGAUGUCAAACCUUGGCGUGUAAACUCUGGAGCAUACACAAAAAACUAAGGCCAGUUUCAGACUGAUAGAAGAGUAAACGCUGAAGAAAAACUACAACUGGAGUGCUAUUCUGACAAUGAGAAGUUUCAUUUAGUGCAGUUUCAGUUGGAUUUGAGUGUUUACAUGUAUUUAAAAGUCUUGUUUCAGUUUGACUAAUGCUCUAAAUCAGUUUUUUGAACAACGUGUAAUCAUACUGAGUGGCUGUUAUUUAUUAACGACAAUGUACUGGCUGAAGCUAGCGCUAAUUAGUUUGUUUGUUCCACACACUUCACCUUAGACUGACGCAACAAGGGCUGACCUCACAUGACAGGCAAAACAGCAGGAAUAACACUCAAUUUUGAACCCACCACGUAGAGACAUACGAUUGCAACCACAGCUGCAACACUUCAAUGGUUGCCUCUUGUUAGGUAUCCAAUUAUAGAUCGUAUGUGGAACCCUGGCCCUGCUGGUUUUGGGUUUUUUUCUCCUCGGUACUGGUCUGCAAACUCUGCUUUCAGGCAACCAAUUAGCACAGGGCAUAAUUAUCAUAGCAUCCCGCCUACUCAGAUCACUGCAUAAAUAAUGAGGUUAGAAACUGAGAGGCCGCAGAUUAUCCACAUUUGUGACCAUCAUCGCAAAGGUAGUGCACUUCAGAUGAUGCAAAUGUGCAGAUGGAGAUCGUUUUAACAUCUCUUACAGUUCGUAAAUUUGUUUUCAUUCAACAUUCAAUGUAAUGUUCCACUCAGAUUUUCCAAUAUUCAACCAAUUAGUCAUUCAAUCUACAAAAUACAGAGAUGUAUCUUGACUCAUGAUGAGCAUAUUAAAGAGCACAGCCUAUUCUGCUGAGUCACUCUUGUUUCUGACGCUGGCCGCUCUUAAACCAAACCACGUAAUUGAAAGUUUGUCCAGCAGCAGUUCAGCCUUGAUUGGCAGAGGGUGAAGUGUGGCAGGUGUUCGACCUGCUGCACACAGGCUGUUAGAUGGAGGACACCCACGUCACCAGCUUACAGGAAAUCUGAUGUCGUGCUUACCUUCAACACUGCUGCACACCAUCAGAAAUUUCUGCCGAUUAAAAGUCUUGUACAUCGUGUUUCAUUAUAUACAUCAGCAUAUUAAAAGUCAUACCUCCAGAUUAGACCAAGGGUGGGUAAUUAAUUUUUACAUGGGGCCACAUGAGAAAACUGAAACCGUGACUCACGAGUUUUACAAGUGACUUCUGAUAGAAACAAGCCUAAAGUCGUUUAUAAUAAGCAGACUGAGCAACUCUAUGUAUAUUUUGCCGAUGUUUAAACUUGUCUCUGUUCACAAAUGCAGAUCUAGGAUGUACGCAAGUGCGUCCAAACAGAAAUAAAACAACGGCCAGGUUUUCACAAUAAAAACAACACACUUGUAUAGCAUAUUGAUGAUUUGAUUGACAGACGUCACAAAGGGCCGGGCAGGGACAUCCAUAAAAUGCCCAGGUCUGAAUAAGACAAUAAGACAGAAUAUUUAUGUCUGAAUUAAAAACAAAAACAUUUAUCCAGUCCUGGAUCUUGCCCAAUAAUCAAAAGGUUUAAAACUUGUGUGCUAAUGAUAAUAUUUACUGUAUGCAGUUGUCAUUUUCUGUAUAAAAAUCAGUCUGAUUGUCAAAUCCAUAAAAUAUGUGUCUUUAUCUUGAUAUAAUCCAAAUGGAUAAGUUGUAGAAACAGCCCUCACUAAGCUGUAUGGAUAAGGAAAGAAGUUGUUACAUUUAUUUCAGCUGUAAAAAAAUAAAAAUGAAAAAAUAAAUCAUAUUUAAUAUGAAGCCUAAUAGAGUUUCCUUGAGUUUUGGAGCCAGCCUCUAGUGGACACUUGAGGAACUGCAGUUUUUUUUAUUGGAGGUUGCCAGAGUGAAAUUAACUGUUCAGUGCACAUUUACAGCAAGAAAGAUGCACACAGCUGCAAUUAUUUUUUGUUCUAUACUUGUUUUUUGGAAGUCUGUAUCUGAUUCGUCUUCAGAAAAAAAAAAUUUGCAAAUGCCAGAGUCUUGACUGCCAUCUUUAAAACGCCUUCAAUGGUUCAAGGGACUGGUGAAGCAUGAAGCCUGAGCCUUAAGUAAAGAUGAGAGAAAAGGGAAAAGCAAGAUACUUACUCGGAUGAAAGCAUGACAUGACAUUAAAGGCACACAGAGCAAAGAGAGGAGAGGGGAGAUGAGGGAGCAAAAGACCCCGCAGCUUAGAGCUUUCCUGCAAACAUCAAGCCUCGUGUUAGAGCUGCUGUUGGAGAUCACUUCACUGAGCGCUAACAGCCUCUUCUUCUGACGAAUCCCGGCUUCAGGGAGUCAGAAAAACCGUGAGUUUAUGCAAAGUUAGUCUAUCAUCCAAGAAUCCGUGCCUGGAGUACACACUGCCACGAAAGAUAUCAACGAAUAGACACUCGAUAAAAAGUCGUCUCAGCCUCUGGAAAGCUAAAUCAAGAGCUCUUGUCAAAACUGAAUUUGUUGAGCUUUAAUCAACUCAGAGAAGUGGAAAAAAAGGCUUUCAGAGUCAGGUGAAGACAGAGCAUCAUGAAAAUCUUUUGAUUGAUGGGGUCAGAUACUCCUUCGACGGUUUCUCAGACGGUUUUCCUGCUGUAAAUUCAGCUCGUUGACAGCUAUUACGUGGAGGAUUAUGUGCUUGUUAUCUGUUAGUGUGGCCUCAUUGAGCGGCGGCGCUGGUCCAAUAAUCAAUGUGGCCAAGCUUGAGAAGCAGACUUUACAUAUCAAUCUGUCUGUCGGUCUGACAGCUUGGAGCCGCACCACGAGAUGUAACAGUCUGAAGAUCUGGCUUUGAGAUGGAAACCAAAGACGAGGCUUUGAUCAGGUGUUUUUCCUCGGGCGAUUCGGAUCUAAGAGACAAAAAGGGCAAAGAAAGGGUCGCUUUAAUUUUAGCACAGAGAUUUUUUAAAGUGAGGUUUGACACCUUACCUCCGUGUGUAGUUUGACUACUCUCUUAUUCUAAAGACACAUGAUCAGACACCAGGUAGAAGAUAGCUUUAUAAAGUUAUUCACCCUCACUUUUGGCCUUUUUCUGCUUUUUAUCCGUCAUUUUUGUGGACAAAAUUUAAAGCAGUAUGUCCAAAACUGUUGAAAUGUUGUUUUAAUUGUUGAUUAAAAAACAGUUUUUGAUGGUAUACAUCAAAAACUAGUGCAAAAACAGCAUAUUAGAUGAUGAAACUUUGAAAGCAAAGAUGUUUUUUGUUAAAAAUAUUUGUAUUCUCAUUUUAAUUCGUUGUCAGCUUCAUGUUUCGAAAACAUUGUGGCAUGUCAACCAUUGUCACCUCUUUGUGUCACAACACUCUUGAAAUGUUUGGGAGCAGAGACCAGUUUAUAGACAUUUGAAAUCACCACCAACACCACCAUACCAUCAUAUAGCUAGCUUUUGAACUUUAAACUGAUAAAAAUAUAAAUGUAGAUAUUACUUUAGAUCAGGGUGUCCAUGAUUUCCAAAAAGAAGUCAAAUUUUAUUCAUCAGACCACAGGACAGUUUUCAAACUCACUUCAGUACUUCUCAAAGCCAUCAAGCAUUGGUCUUGUCUCAUUUUUCUCUUUACAUUGUUAAAUGCAUGAUUUAAAUGAAUUGCAAACCAUCAAAACUAAACUUUAUCAACAUUUUACACAGUGUCCCUUCUUUCCUGGAAUAAUUGUUAACCGGACAAAAUCUCAUUUCCUUGUAAACAGGAUCAAGAAAUAGAGAAAAUGAUAUAUUCCCUUUGUAAGUAGCUUAGUUUUAUUGAAAAGAUGAAACUUCUAUCAAACAAAUGAUGCUCCACGGUAAAUUUACUGUCAUAUUGAAUAUUGAAUAUUGUUGUUAUUAGUCAUAAAAUCUCCUGUGAUCGUAUUUACUUGAUCAUGCUGGUGCUUUAGGAUUGACAUCACUCCAUUUUGCUUGUUUUAGUGAAGCACACACUGUAGAUUUAUUUCGACAGGACAUUUGCUGAGAUUAGAUGCAUUUUCAUGAGUGUCUGGAUUGUGUUUCCGGAAACAGAACAACUCUGUCAAGUGCCAUUAUGCGUCCAGUAAGCGUGGAGAAUGUGACCGCUAUCCUCACCCCACUUUCACCUUUUUUUUCCAAGAUGUUUUUCUUUGAUUGUGUGACCGGUUGUGACAAGCGUAUCGAGACGUGACACGCUGCAGUUUCACGUUACUCUUCAUCACCAGCGAGCCGCUCGCUGUCACCCUCUCACUGAGUCAGGGGGCGCGUAAGGACGGAGAGAAGAAAGAAGGAGAGAGGCAGAUAGAGGGAGAGGAUAUUUACGACUCAGACAGCGGUGAGGGUGAGCUGCAUCACAAUGUCUGUUCUUUUACGGGCUGGCUCAAGAACUCUCUCAGGAGAGAGGGAAUGAGCUUGUGCAGAGCGUUUGCAGGUAAUGCUGGUCUCAAGGUUUUCAGGUGUGACAGCUCCUUUGCUGUGUCAAUAACAGAAAAGCCGAAUAUCACCCACCCGGGAGCCCUUGUAGGAAAAAUCCAUGAAAUCGGAUUCAGUGUUGGACACCAUCUUAUAGCUUAUCCAUCGGAGUUGUCAGGUUUAUUGUGAUGAAGCACUUCAAUUUAAUGUUUUUGUUUUUUUGCAGUGGUUGCUUUCUUUUAAACUUUUCCGGUAUUGUUUUGUUUUUCUUUCCCCGUAACCACCUACUCUUAUUUUCGCCAAAUGUGUCAGAUGAGACCUUCCACGUUGAUAUAUUCGUAUCUGCCAUAAUGCAUUUGCAUGUGGGUGUUUGUUGCGAUUUCACAGGAUGGAAAGCUCAGGGUCUUCGUGAUUCUGCAACUAAUCUUCACUCUCUGACAAUUUCAUAAUGUAGCGUCUUGAUAUAACGUCAAACUAAACAACAAUUUGGCAUAAAAAAAAAGGGAGUCGUCACCAAUUAAAGUCUUUCUCACUUGCUGCCGGUCUGUCAGGUUCAACUUCAACACUAAUCAGAUGUACCCACUCACAGCACUCCUCUGUCAAUCACUCCAAGCGCUCGGUAUUCAGUCUGUGGUGUCCUCUUUCUAGUGAUAUAACAAGUCAGUCACGGGUCCUUCCCCAGGGCUCUGUUACCUGUCUGACUUUUUGUUCCACUGAUUCAAUCCCCUGCCGAAAUGUGUCAGACUCUCUGGCCUCCACUCUGUUUUAAUGACUGCCCGGUGUGAUCCAGUGGAGCAGCCUCAGUCUGACACCUUCACUUGGAGUGUUAAAAACACAGAAAGUGUCAGCGCUGCCUGGACUUGACUCCCUAAAGCCUUGACUUACGAUAAAGUCAUAGGAUUGGUGUGAUUUAUGUCAUACAAUAAAGGGCGAGGACCUCUGUGUUUGGAGACUUGACUGAAGACUUGGCAUGACCGCUUUGUAACUUCAGACUUGGACAUAGUUAGAGCUCAUUUCAACAGAAAGUGGACAUAACCCACGCUAAUACUGGGGACUGGAACUCCUCUGAUUCAACACUAAUUGUGCUUGUCUUGUGCUUAACUCCUAUAACACUUAGGUCUAAAUUUAAGGCUCGACUCCCUCAAGACUUGACUGCAUGAAGACUUCAAUUAAAACUUUAGUACUUCUGACAACGCUGACUAAAGACUCAACUUUAUAAAGACUCAGGACAAUGAUUGGGGUCUGCUACAACCAUAAAAACAAUAUGAGACUUACCAAGAUGAUCUAACUCUUUUAAGUUGACCCUAAGGACUUGACGUGUCUAGAUUAGACUCGUAAGUUACACAAGAUUGAAUAGAAAAGGUUUUGAUUUGGGUUGUCCUCCCAUAAGUGCACAAAGAUUGGAUGUCAGGCUUCAAGUCAAAGCAGGUCAAAGUCAAAAGCUUUGACUUCCUUCUUGAAAACUAGCUGUAAUUUGACUUGUUAAACCUCUGAAAGACUCCAGACUUGACUUGUGACAGAAUCUAAAGAUACUUUGCUCCAAAUCUGAAGACUCUAAGUCUUGACCCAAGACUUUUUUGGAAAGAACUAAGCAGUGGAAUUAGUUACUGUAACCCAACGAUCUAACUACAAGACGAAAUCGCUUUUUCAGACAUAUUUGGGACUUGAUUUGGACUAGUCCUGGAGAUCUUUUCACAAAAUUAAGAAGGCAAGGUGAGAUUUUUUCCAGCUCUUGGGACUUGGGACUUAACCUUGGACUUUUUUUUGUCAGAGUUGUGACUUGAUUUGAUCUGUUCCCCGAGGAUUGGAGACAACUGACUUUUUCUAACAUAGUAUAGGAGACUAGGGUCGAGAUUGGAUAUGAAAUGUUUCUUAAAAGACUCAAAAGCUCAUUUGGUUGGACUCUCAAGGACUGGAGACUUCACUCUUUUUUGGUUUGGUCUUGAGAUUUGACACAGACAUAUUUCCUGACAGAUUUAGGAACAGCCUUAUCGGGCAUGAGACACAACUUUUGCUUUUUCCAUUUCGACUGGUCCUUAAAGACAUGAAACUUGAUCCAAAUCAUGUAAAACAUGUAAAACAACAAGUGCACUGACAGCUCAUGCUGGAAAACCUUUAUUCCUGGAAAGGGACUGUGUAGCAGGCUCUCUAAUAGGCAGGAGUUGGCCACUGUUUAUCUCUUUGUCUGUGUCUCACAUGUGUUCACACACCUCCAGAGAGCGCUCCGGCCAAGAUUUCUCUGAUGAAUUGCUUUAGUCAUUGGCUGUGGCUGAGAGUGUGUCAAGUAAUGAAGAGGCUGGUGAAGCUUUCAACUCCUCCUCUGCUGCCCCUGAGCACAGGUGCAUCUCUCUGAGUGGGAGCUCUUCACCGAGAGAGUUUCAAAUUCAUUCACACACUGCAAGGAGCUUUAGUUCGAUUCUUCACUGUUAAUAUAAUGUGAAGGUGAAGAUGAAAUUAAGCACUUUGAUUUAUGACAGCUAGUUCACUGAGAACAUUAGAUUUAUCUGAUGUUAGAGACACGUGAAUAUAAACUGGAGACAUUUUUCUAAUGACAUCUCUUAAUUGGAGAUUUGUCUAUAAAGCAGAUCAAAUCAUAGGUGUUUGUGAACUGGAUUUGUUAUCAGAGAGUUGUUAAAAUUGAUCGUUUGCUUUAUUAUCAUAUCAAUCUUCAAUUUCUUUCACAUUUCCAUUUACUUAGAUCUUCUCUUGCAACUACUGUAAAGAAGUGAAUAUACCUUAUUCUUAACCAGGGCUGUCAAAUUUAUAAUUUUUUCAUCACAAUUAAUCACAUUUUUUAUCUCAUGAUUAAAAUAACAUUUCGCAGUAUAAUUUUUGAAGUCCUCAUUAAGAAUAGAAAGCUCUGCUUACCAGUGUCCUGGUUUGGAAAUCAAAGUUGAAACAGACUGUACAAUCUUAACUUUUAGAUCUAUUAUUUAAAUAAACACAGUACUGCUACACCAGCGUGCUCUAAAGCCAAGACUUAGCUUCAUAGUGCUUCUUUUGUCAAACACAGCUGCUAUUUGCACAAGUGUGCAAUGACAAUAAAGACCAUACCAUACCAUUAUUUCUUUAAUUCUUUUAAAAGAUAAGACUUUUAUACAUCAGAGGUAUGCAGGGUUGAAUGCCCAAACGUGUCUAUAUAGUUUGCAUUUUCACCCUUCAGGAGUUCCACCUUGGUUGCUCUCUCCAUUUCACACAUGUCCUGUAUAUACAAAAUUAUUGCUCCCCAUAGUUGUAGAGCAUAUGACUGGUCAUAGUAUGCCAACCUGAGAACUUCCCUUAGAUUAUAGUCUUUCCAUUUUGCAACCAUAUAGCAAAUCUUUCAGCCAACUUCUUCAAUUUAGUUUCAUGCACAGGUUUCUGGUCAAUCACAUGGUAUAAAAUAUAAAUGCUCUGCCAUCUUUUGUGAUGCAUUUGCCCGCUAACAUCUUCAUGGCUAGCUGCACCUGUAUGCUUAACUCAAGCUUAAGAUACUUCAGUAAUUUUUCGAUUCAGUUUGAUUCAUGUGGGGGUUUUAAGGUGGAAUUGUCCAUCAGAAAAAGAGUUGUUUUUUAUCAUUAUGGUGGAAGCAGGAGCCCUAGCCUACAGCAUGCUGAAAGAGACAAAAUAGCUUCUUUUAUUUAAGUAUUAUCUGGUCAUAUUACCUACACAUUCUGUCACUGUGUUCAUACUGACAGCCCUCAUUAUAACACAGGUUUUGUAUUUUGAUUGGGUCCAUCCAGCUUCAUUUACAACAUUCGGUAACACUUUACAAGAACCAUAAUUUAUAAAUGGCAAAUAGAUAGUUUAAUAAUGUAAGUUAAUAGUUACUUUACCAUUAACAAGAAAUGAAAUUGUGAUUAAAAAUUUUCAUUAAUUAUUAAUGGGCUAUUUAUUAAAGCUUUAUAAAGGGUUUAAAUAUUGGUUGUAAAACAUCUAGAUUUAAAUGUGUGUCAGUAGCACUUUGUAAAUGGUUAAUUUGGUUUUUAAACCAUCUAUAAAAGUUACUGAGAUGUUUAUUGUAAAGUUGCAACUGUUGUUUGUAAUAGUUUGUAAAGGAUUAAUAAGUGGUUUAUAAACCACCUAUAAACAUUACUUAAAUGGUUAUUAUUAAGUUAGGGUUAGUUUUUUAAAAAUUUAAAUUUGAUAAUUUAUUAAUGGUCUAUAUGCUAUUUAUAGAUUAUGAUUAAACAUUAAUAAACUAUCUGCUUACCAUUUAUAAAUGGUCUAUUUACCAUUUAUAAGUUGUGGUUAUUGUAAAGUGUUACCCAACAUUCAGUAAAGAUCAUUUAAAUUGCCAGUAGUGGAUUAUGGAGCGAAUUCUGAAUCAAAAUCCUUUUCUCUACCAUCUAUCUAUGCAAAGUGUGAUCCUAAGAUCAAUGUUAUCGCCAAAACCUUUAAAGAAAAUACAUCUCCAACAAAAAAAAUGCAUCAAAAUGACGUAACUGCAAAGUGUCCAAAUCAAGUUAGGCAUGUGCAGUCUAAGUGUUUUUUUCCCCCCAUUUGCUGCAGGUAGGGUACAGUAGUGACAGGUGAUGUGUUUCCUCAGGCGCUACAGUCAGAGUGAACGGCAUGCUGGGAUCCUAAUGUACUUUUAAUGGCUGAUGUGUUGCCAUACAGCGGGCAGGACCAGAAGGGGAGCAAUAGUGCUGAUUGAUAACCCGCACAUCCUCUAACAGCCUCCAUGACACAGCACCAACAACUCAUCCUGCCAGGUUUUAACCAUCCAGGGCCACGACUGACAGCGCUCACACGUACACCUCCCCUCAGUGACUCAGCAAAAAUGGCAGCCUUCUAGGAUGGAAGGAUUAGAGAGCUCCCUGGAAACCUAUUCCUGCUUUGUUGUCUUGCCGCUUGCAUUUAAUUUAGGCCUGUUGUUGCAUCGAAUCAAUAGUGGUAAUCAUUCAGUUGUUGUGUGCAUCCUGGCUGGAUAAUGAAGUUAUCAAAGCCCAGAGCAGAGUCUCUCUUAUGCCUGACUCACUCGCUGUCUUAUUUUUACUCUCCCUCUGACGAAAAAUGGUUUCAUAACAGAACUGGUCAUAUCAGUAAUCAGUAAUCAGCUUCUCAGUAAGCCUCAGUCUUACUUGAUUGGUGCCGAGCGGUUUGUCGUUUUGCAAGGUCAAGAAUCAGAUGGCAUCAACUUCCUCAGAGGUAAAGCUGCGUUCCUGAAUUACGCCAGCUCGAGGCCUCAUCAAGUUGAAUGCCAGAACAACAUUGACUGAGCUAAGCCAAAUCAGAGGCUGUUUGCUUUCUUCCAUCAAAGGGCAAAACAGCAUCAAAGGAAAAAAAUGGACACCCUCUGUGUGGGCACGUCUCCUGAGGCGCUGUGGAAGGGCUGGGCUGAGGGAAGUUGCUUUCACACAACUUGAAAUGGAGAUAAACACUCUCAGAUUACAGAUCGAGCCUCGGCUUUGAUGCCUUGAAUUCAGCACUGAUGUAACCGGGCUUUUAUUCUGUUCAGCACAUCGACAGUGAUUCUACUUUUAAUUUGAAAUCAAUUCAGAAUUCAGAAUUUGAACAAAUACGGACCUGAGAAGGAGGAGAAAAGGUGGCUCAAGUCAGUCGUUUCAGUUACAUUCUUAACCCUCCUCCUGUGUUAGGGUCUGCACCGACCCGUUUUUGAUUUUAAAUGCUUAAAAGAACCACAUAAAUGAGCUUUUUUGCAUCAAGACUUUUUGACUUUGUCAGAAACCUCUGUUUUAACGAAAUAAAAAAUGAAAGUGACUAAAUUAUAAAAUGCUCUUAUUAAAAUGAUGGCACUUGUCGUGUUAGGGUCGCUGUUGACCCGGUUAGAUUAAUAUCUAAUAAUUAGAGAAAAACUGAAAUCAUAAGUGCUCUGUCAGGCCCCACACUGACAGUCAGAUUCUCUUCUAAUCAUGUGAGAUUUUGGAAAUUCUCAUUUUGUCAUGAUUUUCCCUGCACAAAAAACAACAUCAGGCAUGUCCAGACAUGUGAGAUCAAUUCAGUAUAGAUGUCUGUGUGAGGGAUAUACUGACAAAGAAAGGCCCAGAGGCCCACUACAAAACAUAAUAUAAGCAACAUUUUCAUGGAUAAUGAAGCCUAACAAGGAAACCUAGAGAUGAGAACCAGAUUAGAUGAUAGAGAAUUGUUUUUAGUGUAAUUUACAGCUGAUUUAAGACACGGGUCAAAACCGACCUUUAACAUGGUGGGUGUGCAGUAAAAGCUAACACAGGAGGAAGGUUAAACACUGGAAAAGCUUCAGGAAUCAGAAAACUUAUGCUAGCUACAGAUGCAAGUAAUAUUUAAAGUCAUAAACAAUUACAGAUACCUUGAACAGUUACAGUACAUAUUGCCACAGAUCACUCAUCCUGCUGUGGUGUCCCUCAGGGUUCUGUUCUGGGUCCUAUUUUGUUUUCUAUAAAUAUCCUUUCACUUAUGAACAAAAAUUUCAGAGAAUGUCUCACCACUGAUUUCAUGAUGUUAUUUAAUCAAAUGUGUCUUGUAAACCUUAUGAUACUGAAAACAUUUCUACUCUUCGCAGCUGUCUGAAUGCCACAAAGAACUGGAUGAGUGACAGCACUUUGUGAACACUGUCUUUGAAAAGUGCUUCAGAUAAACCGCACUCACUAACAGUCCACAGAAAUCUGCUAAAUUGAAUACAGGUAGAUAAAAAAGCAAAACAGGAAGACAACAGAAAGAGCAACUUCUCUUUCACUUCUUUUCAAAUGAUUGAUAUUAGCCCAUGGAUGGUGUAAGCCAAGCUGGUGUUUUUUUGCUAGUCUGAACAUUAAGACUACAAACAGCUGCUGUUUUGUUUGAUGCUGUAACAUAAACUGCUUGUGACAAUGAGGAUAAGAUAACAGUUUGACGGUGAGAGUGAAAGUAUUUCCACAGAUGUGAUUCUCGGGUGUGGAAAAUUUGACUUUUUCUACAAGUGCGAUGUGCCAGAAAAUAACACAAAGCUGGGUUUCCUUCCAGUGAAGAGAAUACAAUGCAGUGUCAUUGACCUCUACUUCAUAUUAAACUGCCAAAUAGCUGGGAGAACUCUGGUUGUUUUUGGAAGCGUACCGAGUUACAAGAUACAGCAUACCAUUUUAAUCUUAAGCAGGGUUUUGCCACUGUUCCACCAGUAAUGCAUCACAGCUUUCUUUGCUCUUGUGUCCUUUUAUAUAUUUUCCCUGAGUCUGAAUCCUCCACUGUGUCAAAUUACUUCAAAGCUGCAGCUUUCACACUUCACCUCUCUUUAUUCUGCGCCGUCUUCCUCCGACAGAAGCUGGCAGAGAGCUUUCACCGGUUCAUAACAGACAGAUAAACCAAAGCGUGAGAGCGUGGAAUCAAAACUGGUGAAGAAAAGCAUCAGUCAGAACAGUUGUGAUUAGAGGGCCGUUUAUCAGUUGACUGUGAGAGCAAAACACUGUAUUUCACACUGUCGUAGUCGACUCCCACACUUUCCUUCCCCCCUCCUCCUCCUCCUCUGCCUCCUUCUCUGUCGUUAUGGAAAAGCUCCCAGGCUGCAGCCACUGUGGGCGAGCAGCCAGCUUGCUGCCACAGCUCCUAUACAUAACCGCAGAAUCGAGGGAAGUCCAAAAUUAAAAGCAUUGUUAUCCCUGCGGCUGGUGGCCGCAGUAUGAUGGAGUGACAGGCUCAUUUCAUUGUGAUGUUGGGUGACCUUGGCUCUGGCCUCAAGUCUGCGGCCCCUCCAGACACACUAUUCAGGGCCACGGUCUGGGACCUUUGGGGACCUGGGUCUGUCACCACAAACAAAAAGCCUGCAACUACCGAGUCCAAAAGACAUGCUAUGAUAAAUAUUUAUUUCUUUGAUUCCAAGUCUCCUCCUUUUUUUUCUGUUUUCAAAAUUCAAUUUGAGCCCCAUAAAGUCCUUGUGAAUGAAUUUGAAUAUAAUGUACUGUUAGGGUUGCCAUGGUAAUGGCUGUCGUCUGUGUGCAUGUCAGUUGCCAUGCAACUUUUUCCCUCUGUUCAGUAAGGAGCGUGAUUGCCUUCUGAACCAAACUGAUUCUUAAAAUGAGAAGAAAAGCUCAUUCAGUCUGAAGUAUGUUUACAUUUGUGAAUCUAUUUGUUGUUGGUUGAAGCUAGUGUAAAAUACAGGUGUAUGUUGUGUGUAAUAAUUGGAGAUAGUUCAUUUAAAAAAAAAAAAAAUCCAGAAUUUCCAACUUUGUUUUCUAUCACCUGUUAAUUGCUGGAAAGAGAUGAGUAUUUUUCUACCUUCUUCUUCUUCUUCUUGUCUUUUGUGCUGCAGUUUUCAUCACAGCUCACUUUAUCCUAAACUAAGUGGGUGCAAAUAUCCUACACAUGAAGUUACCCUCUUUUUAAAAGAAAGCAGAACAAAGGUAACUGCAUAAACAAAUAUUAUUCACAAAGUUCCCUUCAGGCUGGUUCAGAUUGAAUAAAGAACAGAUGCUGCACUUUUGUUAGAUUACCCUUGAGUUUCACUAUGAAAGACAGAGAUCAGAGAUGAGCAUAGUUAAUCCAAAACCUCCUCUGUUAACCAAUAACACCUGAAGAAAAGACACAGACUUCAAUAACGGAAGUUAUAAUUGACGUGAAUGUUAAAACCUGUUGGAAGUCCAACAGUCCAGGUAAAUGAUAUGAUCCAAACACAUUAUACCCAUAAAAAUAAAGACUACCUGGACAUAUAAUCAUGUCAUAAAAAUACUCAAAACAACAUAAUUGUGUUAGCCAGGGUGACGAAACAUGUCAGCCCAAAGCGGACACUUGAAGAACUGCGAUAUUUCUUGUACUUCUGCAUUGACUUCAGUUUUCAACACUUGGUUUUAAAGCUUUUCAGCCAUAAAAGUAAUUGAUAUACUUUACCCUACAAUGAUGGGCUUUUUCACAUAUUUGAUAAACAGUAUUUCACUUGUUCACAGUAUAUUUUUCCUAGCAGGGCUGGGCAACAAACCAAAAAUUUACUGAUGCCGAAAUUUACGACAAUAACCAAUGUCAUUUUGCCCAUGUCAAUAUAUUCUGUGUCAAAGUGUGUGUAGGUAGCAACAAAUAGGGAAGGACAGGUGAGGAGAUGGAGGACGGUUCAAAAGUUGUAGCGGCUGGAGUGGUAGAGGUAGACAAAGUUAAUGCAGGAGGGGGUGAGCAGCUUGUGGAGUAGUUAUCGCCCAUUUAUUCUUAUCGAGGUGAACUGUUCAUGAUAUUGUGAUGAUGAUGUUCGUGAUAUUGAUUUGAGGCCAUAUCGCCCAGUUGUAUUUCUUAAUCUUGUUAUAUCAAUAACACACUGUGAUAUAUUCUGUAAUGUGUUGGUGUCGUCUAUGUAAACACAUUGAUAUCUAGACAGAAACUCUGGAUACUCAUUGCUCAGUAUCAAGGACAUGAUCUCUCACCAGCUCUCUAACAAAAAACAAGUUUUAAGCAGGAGAAGUGUAUGCAGAUAUCUACAGUGUUGUCCUUGUGUUUCGUGUUGCAGCAAUAAAACUGUCAGCAGCUCCUUAUGAAACCCCCACCCUGCCUCAGGUUUUGGCAGCACCACGACCCCGACUGUCAUCCUGUGUUAUCUUCUACCUGCACACCCCUGCAGGACGCCUGAAAAGCCUGCCUUUUGUCCCUGCGUCUUGUCCUGCUUUUGUGGCAAACCCCUCCUCUGCUCUGUGAUAAUAAGUUUAAAUGAAACACGCCCUGUGACUAUCUCCUCUCUCCCCUCCGCCCACCUUCCCCUCGCCUCACCCUUGUGCCCCACAAAUUAAAAAGCGUGUCUAUGAGCCUGCGCUGGCCUGGCAGCGCUGAUGAGGUGUAAUCACCGUGGAGAGGCUCAGCUGCUCUUUUCGCACCCUGCCAUGGAGCUCAUUAGGCCAAGAACGUGACCCUAGAAAAAUUGAAGUCCAGGGAAGGAGAAGGCUGCAGUGGUGCAGCGCCUCUAUCUAUGAUGUUGCUAAAAAUGGAUGGGAGGAGAGGUUUUGCAUCUAUUUCGUAAGACGUAAAGCUGUGAAAAAUUCAUUUUUGCCGCUGCAACAACUGUAUUCUUGCAGCCUCAUCUUUUUUGCAAUUACUUGCAUUAUAUUACCAAGCCUAGGGCGUUAUAGCCAAAGCUGUGAGUUAGGAUCAGUGAAGCAGCGAGUGUCUCUCUUUUCAUUUUCUCAUCAGUGGGAACAAGAACAAUAUUGUGUGCAUUUGCAAACGUUAAGUGCGCCUUGAUCAUCAAUUUGGUUGCCUAUUAUUAUAAAUGUAGGCUACUUCAUUGUUUUUAUUCCAUGUGAAACCAAAUUCCAGUCUAUUUAGUUUCUUGAUUUAGAGGUAAAAACUCAAGAAUUCAAUAUAAGACGGUCAGUGAUGAAAGUGUAAGUGGAAAAGAAAUCUGGGUACUUCAGGGAGAGGCUUUGUCUUAUUUUGGCGAAUAUUGGAGCUAACAAAAGGCGACAGAUUGGUUAGUGAAAGAAUAUAAAGUUCAAGUACAAGCAAGUAAGCUGUUAGCUGAAUGAAUGUUGAUCAAGCUAGCACAGUUGUUAGUUAGACAGGUGAUACUAGUUUGCUAAGUUUUGGUUGAUAGAUUUUAUAGGACCUAAAACAGGGUGUACACAAAAAUCUUCAUCAGUUUUUAACACUUAAAAUUAACAGAUGAACUUCGACAUAGGACGGACCCUAAAAGGUUGAAUGUAUGUAUCAAAUGUAGAAAGGAGGUUGGCAGUUUUAUACAUUCAAUCAUGCAUUCAUAUUCAGGACUUUUGGAUCAAAAUCAUCACAAAGCUUAAUAUGGUUUUCAGUAAGAGCAUAAAGGUGAAUUCACGAUGCCCUCUCUUAGGAAUGCCUCAUCCUCAAAUUAACGACACUCACAAUCAAAAACUGCUUAGCGUGUUAACAUAUGCUGCAUGUAAAAGUGUACCAUUGAAGUGGAUUUCACAUAAACCACCAACUGUUUCUGACUGGCAUAGGGUCAUAUUUGCUUCCUGUAGAAUAUUUGACAUAUUGGUCCAGAGGGACAACUGGACAGUUCUAUUGUGUAUGGACUCCAUUUCUUGAUUGUGUGAAGCCAAGGAUAUGCAGUAUAAUCUGAAGGACUCUUUCCAAACCAGGACAAGUUGGCUAGUGGACUGGGGAAGCUCUGUUGUCUGUAUUGCUUCUAUCAUUGUAUGUGAUAUGUUUCGUCUGCGAACAAUUUGUUAAAAAAACGUAUCUUUCAGGUGAACAUACUGAACCAAAACACUUCCUUGAGUGAUUCGUUAAACAGUUAAACAGCCGGUGAACUGGGACCAUAUGAAUUGAAUUAAACUGUUAUGAAGUUAUGAAUUGAACUGAAUCCUGAACCGUUCAGCUGUGUAUCAUUUCAGGAGGUCGGAGUCACAGGCUUCUCCUGCCAAGCGCUACAUGAUUCAGAGUUUGGUGAACGAAUCUUUUGAAUGAAUCUUUUUAGUGAGCUGAUUCUAGUGAUUCAGUACAUCUAAAAGAACUGCUGGCCCAUCACUAGUAUGCAUAAGGUUUCAACAUUCUGAUAUUCCACUUGUUUAUGCAGGACUGUGCUGUGCUGUGAUAAAGUUGAAAUUUGUGUUUGUUUUUGUUUUGGAUAUUGGGUGUUUAUGAAAAAAUAUGUAUUCACUGUUUGAUAAAAAUAUUAGAAAAAAUAUGGUAGACGAAUCUUCAAACAGAUGAAUAUAUUAAUAGACAUGUAAAGUGUUUAUAUAUGUUUGUUUUCUCCUCUUUUUCUGUCUCGAUGUGCCGUAUUUUAAAAUCACAGACCUCCCUCAUGUAAAAAGAACCUUUUAAUGACAUAGCCAUCACGUAUAAAGUUCACCUUUUUUCCAUCCCAAUAUUUUACCAUGAUUAAAAGGUUUACACAAAGGCUCUGAUAUAAACAGGAUGACUCAGACGCAGCAUUUUCUCCUCUAUCAGUCUCUAGAGCAAGGCUGCAUUUAUGAGAAAUAAAGCCUAAUGAAAGGCUCAGCACCCUGCUCCCCUAUGCUUUUGUUGUCUGUACCUCUCAUCACACACGACUCUCACAGGAACACAGGUCGCCCGAAACCAGACCCCUCAUCCUGGGGGGCGCAAAUCCAAUUUCACAUGUCAGACUCACGACGGAUUAUUCAUGCAGGUAGGGUGAAGGGUGCUGAGGUGUGUGUUUACGUCCCAUUCACCUCUUUAAAAGUGGAGGUGUCUGUUUUGGAUGUAUGAGUGUGAGUGGAGUGGGCACAUCAGUGGCCCAAGGGCAUUUUUUACAAAGGGACGCAAACACACACACACAAACAUGCACACACUGGGAGUAGGAGGAAGAUAUGUGUGUAUGUGUGUGUGGCCUUUCAUCGAGCAGAAGGCCAUCAGUUAGUCAUCCCCUUCAAGAGCACCCUUGGGUGUGUCUUGCUGACACACACUCAGUGUCUAUCCCAGAACAAGGCUUACUGGUCAAUGUUUAAUGCUCUAUAAUUGGUUUUACUGACCAGCGCAGCCUGCAGGAUGCCAAUGCUGAUUUAAAGCUUGGCAGUUGAGGCUGACCACCGUUGCGGUCCCAGAUGAUCUUUUAUUUUGAAAAUGUUGUUAGAUGUAAUUCAUAUUAUCAGCUGGGAGAGGUAACAGUUGUCUGGCAGUCAUUAUAAGGAUUAAACUGUCAAGGUUAAUCCCCACUAUCAUGUUCAAAAUCCCCUCCUUCUCCUCUAUGUCUCCCCUUCUUCAUCACACUUUAUCACUCUAAUACUUCAAUGCGAAUGUGAUCUUGUUGUCUGAAAGUUUUUCCCUCUCUCUGUAACAGAGAACCAUGAGCACUGUGGAGGAGGAGCCGGAUCACAUGAUACCAUGAAGACAAGCCUGCAGGUCCUGCGCUGCCAGCUGCUGAGUGAGUAGACUCAGGGGUGGGAAAAAGACAUCAGCGGGGUGCUCUGGGUUUGCAACCAGGGACAGGUCUGGACCUGGACACACAGACAGUAACAAAAAAUCCAUCAAAUCCUCCUCCAAUGUUGUUGUUGUUGUUGCUGAACUAUUUUUAUAUUAGAGCACUGAGAGCACAGCAACACAAAACAGUUGAUAUUGAAGGCAUUCUUGGCACUCAGCACUGAGGGUAUCGAAUUGAGAAAAAAAGCAGCAAAAUAAAAAUAAACACUACCAGUAGACACAGGUGCUGAAGUUGUAGAUUUGUCUGUGUGAGAGUUAAAAACACUUUGAACUGACAAUACAGCAGACCAAGGUUGAGUUCCUCUACAUUACAAACGACGGGCGAUUCUAUUUUAAAGCUACAGUAAGGAGUUUUCUAACAUUUUUGAAAUAGACUUUAUGAUAUCCAAAAACAAACAAGACAAUUUUAUAUUUUUAUUUUUAAUGCUUAAAACUAUUGCGAGGGGGUAGGUGUCAGCUAAUCAGCUUAAGAAACAGCCCUGUAUCCACAUAAACUAUUUUUUUUAUAUUACUACAAAACAGGCUAACACUCCUUUGCUCAGAGGGGGCGCCAGAACUGACAUAAACCAAAAGUUCUUUACUGGAGCUUUAAGUUUACAUAUUUCCUUAAACAUCAAUGUUAAGAAGUUUUUUGGGAAAUAGUGUGAUGUUAAAGCAAAGAGGCUUAUUUGCAUUCAGGCAACAAUGAUACCCCAGCGCUGGACACAGCAUAGCAUGAUAAUCCUCAGUGGUAUAUCAGUAUGAGCAGCAUGCUUUUAUUCUUUAUUGGAAAAGAGUGAAGCCAAAAUGCUGCCUUAAUGGGCACUGGCAUGUUAGGACAGAAAUGUAGUAGUAAGUGGCUGCUAAAUUUACAUAAUGCCCCUUACUCUAACCAAAACCAUAUAUUUUACUUGUGUAUAUCAACUUUCUAGCUCGACUCAUGUUCUCUAUGUCCCCAAGUGUAGCAGCUCCCAGUGUUUUGGCAUCACUCUUGGGAGAGCUGCUACCCUGUCCAUGUUUUUAAACAGUCUGUAAUAAUACCUAGAAACUUGGAGAAAUUAGCCAGCUAGUUUGGUGAAAACCAUAGACUGUAUAUAGAAUGGACGCCGUCUGCCACCUCGCUGGAUGAAGACACUCUGAGAACAGCACCCUCUGGUGACGGGCUGCAGUAUAGGUCAUAAAUCCAGCCAUCACCAGCAAACCAGGGGGAUACGCUGUUUGAGCCAAUGCACAAUGUUGGUUUCAGGAAAUUGAAAGAAAACAUGGAAUUACAGAGAGAUUUUGGGCUUCAAAUCCAUAUACUGGCGGAAGAUGGAACCAAGUUGUCCAUAGUAUAUACUGUCUAUGGUGAAAACUUGUCUCACUGGCAUGAAUUUUAAAACAUUGGAUAACAUGAAGCAAAAUCUCUACUUUAACUAAAACACUUUCCUCUUUGCUAAGACAAAACAUAACUUGUAAAUUAGCAAGUGUUACAGAUGCUAGAAGGCAGACUUUCACCUUACAAAGUGCCAGGCUAGCUUUUUAAAACCUGGUUUCAGGCUUUACACUAAAUUUACAAUCUAAUUUCUUCAGUGAUGUGAUUUGAAUUAAUCUUCUCACCCUAUCAGUAAGCAUGUAAUUGGCAUAACACCUACUGAACCAUAAAUUAUACCUUUUAUGCUCUUUCACACUCUGUGUUUGAACGUAAUAACAAUCAGAUACAGUAAAUACAGUGUUUUAUGUCUUAUGAUGUUGGUGUUGGUGUAGUUCAAGUCUGUGCUGCUUGAAAUUCAGGGGAUAAGAUCAAGGCUCUGAGAGUGGAUGUCUGAAGCUCUGGCAGGCUACCAGCGCUGAAUGUCACAUGAAUAUGGAGCAUGUGGGGGUCGGACUGGGGCCCACCAGGCUCCUGGACAGUUAGCUAAACAGGCUGAUGAAAUCUUGUAUGCACCCUGAGCUCCACCUCAGAGCAGCAGUGCCAAAAAGGCUGUCUGCUGACAAAUCUGCCUCAAUCCCUCAGAAGUGAUAAACUUGGACUGGACUGCUGUGAGGGGAGUGCUUUAAGCUGUGGCAGAGGUGGAAGGAGGUCACACUGCGGCGGUUUAAUCCAGAGAGGGUGGAGAGAGCGGACUAGCUUUUUGGGAGUUCAUAAUGACUUGAUAUUUGAGCUUUAUAUUUAUUUGCUUUGUCUGGGUUGUCUUUAAAAGCACGGCGGUUUUGAUUGCUUUGAGCUCAGCAGACGAUUCACCUGAGUCUAGAGCAAACUACCCUUUCAUCAGGGUUGCUUUUCGCCUGAAAGCUGUGCAUUUCAGAGACAUUCCUCAUUUCUCUCUCUCUCUCUGGACGAUCCUGCAGGAGACAGAUGUGCUGAAACACCCUGAGGCUGCAGCAAGAGAAGAGAUGCUGCAGAUAGAGGAGAGAUUAGAUGGAUUAUGUUGCAAGAUAACAGGUGCCUGAUGUGUGGAGUUUCUCCUUUUGCUUCCCUUCAGCCUCUUUGCUGUUUUCUGUUUUUUUCUGCCAGUACCCCCUUUUGUACUUAUGCAAGCCUGUUAUGAUGACAUAAUACUCCUGAAUCAAUGGGGGGAACUUACUCGUUUAUAGCAAAUUAGGUUUCGUCUGGCAGCUCCAUCUUCAAAGCAAAGCCUGACAAAUAAGGCAAUUUGAGCAAAUUGUGUUUGGAAGUCAGCUUCUUAAAAAUAGAUAUCUCGAACAGCCUGUUAGCGUGAAGUGUGGUGCAAAUGAUGAAACAAGGCUUGAGUAAUUGUCCCUGUCCAAUUUGCCUUGUCUUGUGUUGUUAGAUUGUUCCUCGCAACAGUUUGUCGACUUGUUAAAGCCACAAACACACAAGAUAUGAAGAAGAAACUAGUUUUGUCUGUCUGUGAUGUCUGUUGGUGGAGUUGUUUGGCUUGAAUUCUCCUCAGAUUCCAGACAACUUCUUGUUUAAUGUCUCUCCUUCCUGUUAGGUCCUUUGCCGCUGUCACAGCAGCUAAAUCAUUAUCCCAGUAAACAGCUCGAGAACCCUUUGUUGUUCCUGUUUUCCCGUUCUCCCUCCGCCUGAUCCUCCGAUAAACACGUCUCUGUUCAAAGCCGCUGUAACCUGACAAACAAUUUGCGCGGCAUUCAAACAGGAAGCCAUUAUCCUGUUACGAAAGCUUUCGCCCCUUAUCACGGGGCUCACAUCUGUAGUUCCCUCCCCGCUCUGCCUCUCCACCACCCCCCGCCCUCACAGUCCCGCUCCACCAGGAUGGUUCCAGAGGGCCACAGGAUGUGCCCUAUCUGUCUGUUUCCAACCCACGGGACACACACUCUGUACAGCAUGGCAGACGAACACACCCAGGAGCAGCCGGAGGAAUUUGUCUGUUUGUGCUACUGUGAAGAUGACACUCUAUUUAUACGCCCAGGACAUAUUAAGAUCUCAACAUCAGGAAAAACUCAGGAAAGAACUGUCAAUGUGAGGUUAGUCAUGGAAAAGUAAAAAAUAAACAACCUCGGUAUUCUUAAUCGAGAGAGAAAGUCCUCCCUGAUAGAUCAUCAUAAACAGGAAAGAAAAGGAUUUCUCUCCUUAAAGGGUAACAUGCAUGAUGAUCAGGUCGUAGUUGUACUGUUUGUACUGUAGUAGAGUCUAGGGCUGGGCGAUAUGGGAAAAAGUUUAUCACGAUAUUUUUUUUCAUAUCAGUUGAUAUCAAUAUAUCACGAUAUACAGAUUAAACUCGCCGCGUCUUAACUCACGUUACUCAUUUCCGGUCCAGUCUCAUCUGGAGACAUGCAGCUGCCUCAUUAAGAGAAGUAGCUCGAUCACGUAAUGUGUACUGUUGUUUAUUCUACCGUUACUGGCUCGGCUAACAGUGUAGCAAGGCUAAUAGCAGAUUGCUAACUCUAACUUUAGCUCGCAUUUUACAUGGUGCUUCACUGUUAACUCGGCGUGACCGAGACCAGCACAGCGGGGAACAUCGUGAAGUGGGUUGAACUGAAACUUGUUGACUUGUUGUCUACUUCACAAACUGGUUUAUUUACCGUUGAGGCGGACCACUCUGUCUGCUUCAGAUCCAUCACUCUGCUGUGCUGUGAGGUAGUUGGUGGAUCAAGAUUGUCAUGAGGUCACUGCGCCAUCUACAGGAUAAGUUGGGGAACUUUUCAAAUGGCGGAACAUUUUCAAAGUGAAACCGAAUCUUAGUCUCUGCAUUUAUUUCUGAAAAUAUUGGCGAAAAUCUGCGAGUUUUGGCCAAUAGCUGAUUAGUCUCAAAUGGGCUAAAAUUGGCUGAUUUAAUUGGCUCACUGAUAAAUCGGUCGGGCCCUAAUAUUGACCAUGUUUUAUAUUGAUAUCGAGAGAAAUUAAUUUUUGAUAUAUAUCGUAAUUGUUUUAUCCAGCCCUAGUAGAGUUGUUGUUGGUCAUGGUUGUAGUUGAAGAAGUCCAUUGAGGCCGGUAAGAGCAGUCAGCCCUCUGCUCAGGCGUGAUAAUCCCAUCUUAGCAGCAGUUAGUCAGACACUCUCCAGUCGGCCUCUUGAUAAAGGGUUCUGCCUGCCUGAAGCUGAUGGAUCUGAUCUGCUUCUGUGGCUCUAUGACGGCCCGUCACAGCUUUAAAUUAAACGCUCAGACUACCUUUAACAAAACUCCCCAUUUUAAGGCUUGUGAUGACUUUGAUUCGGGUCUGUCAGAGUUUAUCCCGAGGAGUCAGAGAUGAAUUCAUUUUGUGUUAGAUAGCAGAGCUGUGCUGUGUGUGUGUGUGUGUGUGUGUGUGUGUGUCGGCGGUAUGAUGUGAUAGAGGCUCAUUGGUAUUCUGAUAAGCACUGUUGAUAAAGCCUUCUCCUUUUGCCCCAAGGGAUCUUGGGGGAAUCCCACAGAGGUUUGUCUGCUAUUGCAGAGUGAUUUUUAUUAACAUAAACGAGGAUAAAUGUGAUCCAUGAAGGGCCGGCGGGGCUGGGAGGAGGACACCCUUAAUCAUUGGUUAUAGUUCACUGCCCCGGGGCUUCAAAAUUGGCUCUUUCUGCAUGUUUAUCUCAUUAGAUGAUGAGGUGGACAUACAGAUCUUGUACUUUUAUUGAGUUAUCAAGAACAUUCAAAUACAAGUGGAGGCACGAAGUCGUAACUAUCUCUCUCAAGGGCACAUUAACAAGGUUGUUGAUAGACACAUACUAUUUAGGAAUACAAAUAUCACUCAAACAAGUUUUAUAACUCAAAAGAAGUUCAUGGCUGUUUGAAAGCUGAAGACAAAAACAGACAAAAAGAUUAUUUAUUGAAUGAGUGUGCUUGUUGUAAUAGACACUGAGGUCAGAUUCGCUGUAUUUGAUUUGUGGUUUAUGUGAUUAUACAGUGGAAUUUAGCAUUUUUCUACCAGAUAUGGGAGAGAUCUCAUGAACACUUUGUACCUUCAUGUUAGGAAGAAAAGGUUGUGGGUGUGAGCAGUUCACUGAAAAUAGAUGGAGAAUAGAAUUUCUGUCUGCUUUAAUUUAAUUUUAGAUGUUACCAAAGAGGUCCAGCCAGAUAACUCCAAUGAUUAGUCAUCUAAAUGUGCUUAUUUUUUGAUGAAUGGUGGACUGUAAAAACACAUUUAUAAAACAAAAACAUAAAUUGUGUUAAUGGUCUAGCACAGCGAAAAUAAUAUGAUUGAAUGAAAUAUGAACCUGCUCAUUUUUUAAUCUCUGAAUUUAUUCAAAGUUUUAAAUUGUAACUAAUUGACGUGAACUGUUACAUCCUAAUCUGUGCAAAUCGAACUUUAAACUAUCUCAUUUAAAGUGUUAACUUAUAAUGCAAUGCCAGUAAGCAUCUGAAAGUGACUUAAAGCUUCUGCAGUCGUCAUUUCACAUAACUUUUCUGGAACAGGUUUGAAGAUUCUCAUUAAAGAAAUGAUAAAUAUUGCAGCUGUGGCACCGCAGACACAGCAGGUCAUCCAGUAAUUAACCAGGAGUUUGUGUUUUGAUCUCUGGCUUCUCCUGUACAUGUUUUUGCAAGAACCUUCAACUUUACUUGUGAAUGAUUGGCAUGCUGGUAUUUCCAACUCAAUUGCAAUGUUGUUAAUGGGCGGAAUAAGCAGCAUAUUUUCAAACAUUUUGUCCUUUCAGGAAUUUUUACUUAAAAGUUGAAACAUUUUUAUAUCAUGUGGAUCACGAACGCAACAAUCUGGUCCGUUUUCAUGUAUUUGUAUUCCUCAGCGUCUUUUUCCGAAGUCCUCUUAUUUGUAUAUAUUCUGCUGCCUACACAUCAAGGUUAUUCUUUACUUCCCUUUAUGCCCUCUCAGCAGGGAGAUGACAGAGCAGUUACAGUUCAGAAGUACAGCCUGACAAUCCCUAUUGAUGGAUGAUUUUGCAGCCCUUAUUUCUGGCUUCCUGUAGAGCCUCCACUUCUAAUAGUGACACUGCCAGCUGCCCACUGAUGCUGCAGCUCAACCAUCCUCACUGCGACACUUGCUUUAUGGGCAGAUUGUCGCUGAACAUUCCCGCUACAUCAUUCUCCUUUGCACGUAGCAUGAGGUGACCCCUGGAAAAAAAAAAAAAAAAGAGAGACUAAUACCCAACCCUCUACUGCAAGAACAGCCCCCCUCCAAUCUCAGGAUUUAUCAUGCAGCCAGGCAGGCUGGUGCAUACCACACACUAAGUGCCCCUGUAUGAUUGAUUAGGCUGGUGGACUCAUGAUGCAUGCGCCUGAGUGAUAUUGUUCUUCUGUAAUCGAGUCUUUGCUUUGAGGAAAAUCCAUGGCAGAAAUUUAAAGCUGAAUUUCAUCAUUGGGAAUAAAUGUUGUGUUGUUUUUUUAUUUCACCCUGUGUAACUUUAGCUUCAGCGACAGCCGCCCUGGCCUCCGUCCGCUGACAUUGAGUCUAAUAAUGAAUGAUUGGUGAGACAAAGCCUGCAUUGGAUCACUGCGCAGGAUCCUGCUUUACAACAUGAUUUAUUGAUGUCCCUGAUGGCAUCAAUGGAGGACUUGAACGAAUGUCACCGGCUGCCUAUGCAUUGAAAGGAGCCCCAAUUCAGCAGGUUUCCUGCAUAAAUUGCCCCUCCCUCCACGCAUCCUGAGCGUGGUUGAUGGAAAACAGGUUGACGCCAUUACUCAAAUAGAUGGGAGCAUAAUCUCUCAGUAAUUUCACUUGGGUGUUGUUUGUCUCCAUGAUAUUAACAUGUGCUGUUCUGGGACAAUAAUCUGAGUAAUAGAGAUAGUGAGGGCAACAGGUUGGAGUGGGAGAUAACAGUGUCAGCCCCAGUCUUUGAAGGAGUACAGGAUAAGAGAGAAAAAAAAACACAGCUGUAAGCGGACAUCAGAUUUUCGCUUUCCUUCUCCUUUACGUCAUAACUUCUCAAACUGGACUGACCCUGUCUGUGAGUGGUUUUAGUGUGUUUUAGAAAAUGUCAGGUCAAAAACUGCCAACAGGCUCAAUCGUGGCAAAUAACGCAGAGUAGGCAAGUGUUGUUGAGCGAGACAAAAAAGCAGCCUAUAUCCUCCUCCUGUUAGAGGGAUAAAGGUGACAAAAGCACAUUUCCUUUCAAUUUCUGUUUCUGAGCCUUUUUCUAAUGUCUCUAAUCCCACCUUUUCCUUUUGACUGUGUUUUAUCACUAAUGAAACACCCUCACAUCUUCAGACCUUAUUCCCACUAAACCUCUGACCUCCCCCUCACAUUUCCCCACCCUAUUCAACUUUGCUAUUCUUCUCCUUUUCCACCCGCUAUCCUCGCGUUCUUCCUGGUGCUUCAACUCUAUAAUGGAUGUUCAUAAAGCUCAAUUCACUUCUCGGGCCUUUUCAAUCAUUUUUCCAGUUAAUUCACUCACUGUACCCGCUUCUUCGCCGCAUGUCUUAUUGGAGGCCGGGCCGGGCUCUCUGUCUGCGUUCACCGUGCUUAUGCUCUCACUCUAUCAACCUGACGCCCAACCGAUGUGACAAAUUACAUCCAUUUGCCUCAGAGAGCAGCAAAGCACACAUGCUCAUGCACACGUAACUCCUGCACACAUAGAGGUUCAGCAUUUACACAUGCCGUGUACCGGAAAGGUCGAAAUAUACAGAUCAGGAAACACACGGCAACGAUGUCAGGACAGCUCAGUAAGCUGGUUUAAAUGGAAAAAAGGUCUUGAUAUGUUUCAGUGUCAUUUUUACCUCCGCCAAGGAGGUUAUGUUUUCGGUAGCAUUGGUUUGUUUGUCUGUUAGCAACUUUAUGGAGAAAGUAACAGACGGAUUGACCUGAAUUUUUCACCAGAGGUGCGUCUCAGCCCCAAGAGGAUCCCAUUACAUUUUGGUGGUGAUCCGGACAAAAUUCUGUAUACUGUGAUCCAGAACACACAAAAAUAAGGGUGUCGUUGGAAUUUUCAAUGCUGAAAGAUAACCAAUGGGCGGCACAGUGGUGUAGUGGUUAGCACUGUUGCCUCACAACCAGAAGGUCCUGGGUUCGAAUCUCAGUUCAAGGGGGGGCAUGAGCUGCUUGGCGGAGGUCUGCGCUCUCUGAGUGCUUUUCUAGUUAUUUGAUUAGGCACAUAUUUAAACCAAAACACUCAGUGAAAUUUGAGGCAGAUGAGAUUUUACCCUCCAACUGUCACUGAUUGUGCAAUUCUGUUAAGUGUCAAAGCUGACUGUAAUGCAGAUUCACUCAAAAUGGCAGUGUAUUAUAUCCAUAAAAUUCCAUAUAUGUGCUGCCAUACUGUUAAUUUAGAUGCUUUAUUAUUACUUUUUUCUGAAUGUUCCUAAAUGGGGAUUGUAAACAGUUACCUCUUAGCAUUAUCUUUAUUUUCUAAUGAAGGUCAGCUGGUGUGCAGUAUUUAGAGUAUACACAGAGAGCUGAGGCAUUUCCACAUUUUUUGGUGUAUUUGCUCUCUGAAAAACUAUGAAUGGAAGAUUAUGAUGAAUUUUUAACCCCAACAUAUCAUUUGUCAGCCUCUCAUUUUAACAAAUCACUGAAUGAAUCUCUAACAUCUGUAUUCUGUAACUUGUGUACAGUAAAAUCAUCUUCCCUAAACUACCAAACUGUUUUUUUCCAUCUUUUAUAAGCAACCUGGAUCCGUAUUACCUGACUGUUUAAUAAUGACAUGAUGUUAUUCUUACUGGAGUCAAAUGAGGAGGCUGUGACUCAGAACUCAACAGCGUCAGAUACCAAAAUCAAAAGGCCAGUGUUUUCUUUACUUUCUAUUUUGCACUAAUGAAUAUCACGGCAGUCAGAAGUAUGAGUGGGAUCUUACUUAAAAGGCAGAUUCUCCCCUUUAACAUUUUAGAUGCAGCCUUCAUUAAAAAAUUAUUUGACUCCACUACAAAGUCCUGAAUGAAUAUUAAUCUCUGUGUUGGCCUCAGAUCAGGGUGAAACUGUACAUUUGUGAUCACUCUGUCAAAUCUGAAGACUGUGUGCUGUACUUUUCAUACAGAUGGUAUAACUUUACAUCUGAAGGGAAUCGAGGUGUUAUUAUGUUUUAUUCUGUUAGAGCUUUUUAGGUUGUGACAGUCAGGUUUGGGCGCUGAUUGAAGGUCUGGGACCGUAGUUACGUGUACAUCCUUGCUCUUGCAUUAAAGAACAAAGUCAUUGUUUUUACUCUUAUCUGUCAAUCCAGAAAGUUAGUUCUUUAUUUUUAUAACAAUGAUUUUGAUGUAAAACGCUUUUAUUCGUAACUCAGAUUUGCACCUGUUUCCGUUUUUAAUUAUUCAGGUUAUUUGGUGAGGAUAACUUGCCGAGUGAGUCUUUCAAUUGAAUUUUCCCUAAUGGGAUCAACAUUCACAUUACCAACAAUCAACAAUAGCCUGACCGCUCAAAGCUUUGAUAGGUUGGGGUUUGUCUGUGUUCCAUUAUCCUGCCAAGAGGAUCAUCUUUGGAAAGACGAGCAGUCAUAAAUCAAAGAUGGCCGUGUGUGUUAUCUCCUCAGAUACGGGUCUUGAGUGGGCUCCAUGGAUUAGAGACGUGACAGGCUUGGUUAAUGGGAGACAGGGCUUGGACCUCUCUUCUGGUCGUCUGUGUGAUUGAGUAUGGAGGGAAAUGAUUAAUGAUUCAGUGGCUGAGUUUAAAUAGUCACUGCUUUGGGUUCUGUUCUGCUGUAUUUUUAAAUCCUAGGGUGGACAAAAUGGAAAGAGACGGGGGAAAAAAUCUGAGAUUACUCAUUGACUGUUGCGUGGGUUGAUGUUUUUUUUUUAAUUCAUUACUUUGGGCCCUUCCACCCCAUUGUCCACAUAUUUAUUGGAUUUUUUCACUCAGGUUUUAUCUUAUAUUUUCCUCAUACCCUUAGUUUUGGUUGUGUAAUAGCUCCAUUGUGUAUAUACGGACCCAUAUGAAUAAAAAUAAUACACAAACUAUGUUGUUUACGGGUUUAUACGAUUCUAUAUUUACUUCAAGGUUAUUCAUUGUUGUUUGUUUUUAAUGUUUAUCAUUAUUGCAACUAGCAUGAAAGCAGCUUUAUAUAUGCAGCUCUGAAGCCGAAGAAAAAUCCACCCAUGGUUACAGUGAAGCGUGCCUUAUUAAUUAAAAUCUAGCGUAUUGUAUCAUAUCAUGUUGUGUUUUAUCAUAUUGUAACAUGCUAUAUUGCUUUAUGCUAUAUUGUGAUACAAUAUGUCACAUUGCAAUGCAUUGUAUCAUAUUGUAUUGCAUUGUGUGGUUUUCAAUCGGAUUAUUUGUCAUAUCAUAUACAUUGUAUACAAUCAUAUCCUAUCAUAUAGUUGUACUUUAGUGUUGUAUUGCUUCAUACAAUACUCUGGCAAUUAUAUCUCUCAUAUCAUCAUAUUGUGGUGUAUCAAAUUGUCAUAUCCUAGUGUGUCCUGUUGUUUUGUACUGGUACUAAAUUAUGCUAAAUUAAUUUUACCAUAUCUUAUUAUAUAUAUUGUUUCUUAAUGUUUCAUGUUUAAUGGACUGUAUCAUAUUGUAUUAUAUCCUAACCACAACUCUGAUCAUACACAUUGUAAUGUAAUUUUUCUAUCUUUUACAUGCACCACUACAGCCUUUAACAAUCAGAAGUAUAAUCAGAACUAAACAUGUUUGACCCCACGGCUAAAAAUUGAUCCACUGAAUGAAUUGUUUCUUCCCAGCUAUUACUGCUACAUAUAACCGAAGCAUUUCAAGGAAUCCCAUGGCCAAUAACGUGCACAAUUACCUUAUUUAGAUCUGAGUGAUUUUAGCUUAGCAUGUUCUGUACUCAGCUGAACACAGAGAACUAUCCCGAUGGGAGCUCCACUAAUGUAUCGCAUUAGCUGUGCUUAACAUUGUCAAUACAGGAUGGAGGUUGGGGGGGAAGCAAAGGGGAAAUUAAUAACCCUCUGCACGUUCCUUCCUCUAUCAGUGUCUUUCUGUCUCCAUAACAUAAUAGGACUGAUAUUCCCUACAGGCAACUGCUAAUAACUUGUCACUACACAGCCUCCUUAUGGGACUGAUCUCCAGAAAGUGAAUCUGUCAGGCUUUCUGAUGUGGUUAAAGCAUGUUAAAUGGGCUAUUUUGAUCGCUACACUUGUAAUAAUAACCUUACAAGUCGAAGUGACUGAUGAUUUCACAGUGUGCGCAUACAUUUUAAUUUUAAAAUCCAUUAUGAAAUCAUAAUUUUGAUUCAUGUUGUUUUGACAGCUGUUGAAAACUGUUAUUACUGUGAGGCUGAUUUAAAAUACAGGAAUUUAUCAAAAUCAUAAAAUGCUGUUCGAAAAAAAUAUACAGUUGUAUGUCUAAUCCUAUUUUAAUUUCAUAAACAAUAGGAGAUAUGUCAAUCUUAUUCAGCAUCACCUGCAUGUUAUUUUACUAUUAUUAAGAUACCAUGCAGCUGUGUUUGAACUUGCAUCCCGUACAAUUGCGCUUGCAUCAGUGCUGUUUGCCACCUUACAUAUGCACAGGCACACACGGAGGAACUCAGCGAGUGAAUAAUGCGGUUGAUAAAACACUCAACAACUUGGUGAGUGACAAACACAGCAGUUCAGUAGAUUAAAGGCUGAAGAGCAUAAUGAAUACUCGACAAGGCUGCUUGUCAGAAUCAGCUGCAGGGUAUGCACUCUCUUCGAGCAAUGAGUAGCAGGAUCCCUGAAAGAAAUGAUGUAAAGGCAGACUGACAAGCUGAAAAUGGGAUAUAAAAGGAUGAGAAAGGAUUUUCUGUGUCAUUAUGAGCUAAUCAUCAGAUUUCUGUCUCUUUCUCCGCAGGUGUUCUAGCAUUCCUAGCACUGCCGGUAGGACUGGUGUCAUCAGCACAGGAACUGUUUCUCAUCCAGACAUCCCAGGACUCCGUCUCCAUGGCAGCCUCCCAUAGCAGCCCCCUGUCUGCUCCAAAACCUGCCCCUUUGGACUGGCAUCAGGAGGGCUCCAGUAGUGGGGAAUGGACAUCCAAACGAGGCACUCAACCAUCAAGCAUCACUGCCUCCAAACUCCAACCUUUGGUCUUGAUUCACACAACACAAAGUUCAAGCACGGCUCAUACCGACCCUUCCCCUAGUGAAUCGGAUACAGUCACCCCAAACACUGUGAGCACUGAGAAUCAUGUGGCUCAGCCCCUGGAGAAUGGAUAUAUCACAAGCAGGGGUAAAAUGCACAAAUUGGUUGGUGUACUUCAAGUCCAAAAGCCGGAUACUGUCAGCACUAACCAGGCCAGCAGCGGUAGCCUUGAAUUCCCCGGCACAGAAGUCCCAAAUCUAGAUGUGGAAGCUACUGCUCUGGGGGCUCAUGACCCCCUGCCCCUAAUGUCCAGCUCUGGAUCAGACAGAGGAGACACACUUAAUGUAGACCCCCAGAAGCUGAGCAUGGAGGAGCCUACCAAACUAGAUCAUCGUUAUGUUCAAGAUCUAAAGCGGUCCUCUUUGAUCACUCCUCCCUCUCCAUUAAUGGACGAUGGGCCCAAACUACACCCAAAACUCAGGGAGCACACCGGGGGCGCUGCACACCAUGCCAUCACCCUGAGGGAGGUUCAUGCCGAACAGGAACCUCCUACAGAUGAGCUGGUGGUAGAGCCCCAAGGGGGGACAAAAGCUCCAAUUGAGAGCCCACCGGAGAAUCUAACUUCUACUGUGCCCUCUUCAGUGCAGGAUUCCAGUGUCAAGAACCCAACAGUCACCCCAAACAACCAAACGUCACCCAACGAGACCACCACCACCACCACCACCACAGAGGAGGGUCAGGUUGGUCUAGGUAACGGCACAGACAUUGUUCCUCUGGGACGCUCGUUGGGGAAUGUAACCGCUCAAGGAGGGCUGCUCUCCAAUCAUAGUUCAGUCGAGGAGGGACGCUCCCAGCAGAACAGCUCAGAGUCCUCAUCCACAGCAAAUGGGAACUUUUUGAACAGGCAGGUUCCCGCCACAACACAGGACCCCUGGAUGCCUGCCAACAGCUCGGGCCCCACUGUGGACUCCCCGCCGUCCCACCUAACCUGCCUGAGCCGAAUGGACUUUGUGUGGAUUGUGCUGGCCAUCAGCGUGCCUGUGUCCUCCUGUUGUAAGUAUACGCUUACAAAAUAGAUAAAUGACUUUUACUUUUACUGAGGAACCAUAAACAAACCUCAACCAAAACACCACUCUAUAGCCACAAAUAAUGCUCAGAACAGCACCUAACUUCAUCAACAGUACAUAUAGGGUCCUAGCCAUAGUACUAGCCACCAAACAUCUUUUUAACUUUGCCUGAUUUCUUUAGCAAAGUGACUAAACACAACUCACCUACUCUCUUCCAGCAGCCGCUUGUUUGUAGCGAGACCUCAGGCCAGUCCAUUACGGACUGCAGCGGGGUUACGCAGCUUAAGGAAGAACAUUUAUGAUCAUUACUUUAUCAUUUCCUUGAAGUAAUAAUAACCAUAUUAAUCAUUUUGCAUGGCAGACACAGUUGUUCUUCUGCCUUAGCAUCUCGGUCUGAUUGCAUUUCCAUGAAGAAGUGAUCAUAAAUGUUCUUCCUUGAGCUGCUAGAAGAGAGUAGAUGAGUUGUGUUUAGUCUCUUUGCUUAAGAAAUUAGGCAAAGUUAAAAAGAUGUUUGGUGGCUAGUGCUGUGGCUAGGACCCUAUAUGUACUGCUGAUGAAAUUAGGUGCUGUUCUGAGCAUUAUUUGUGGCUAUAGAGUGGCGUUUUGGUUGAGGUUUGUUUAUGGCUCUUCAGACCGCUGUGUUUUACUAUCCUGCGGUCAUUACUAAAGUUGGUAUAACUAGAGACGCAAGCAGUUCACAACAUUCAUCUCUUGACGUGGUGUCUAACUCAGUGUUACGGUGUGUUUGACACUAAAUUAAUUUUACACCGGAAUAUCCCUUUAACUUACAGAUGGUUUCUUUUAUCGACCAGUUGAGAAGCUCCUUAGGCACAGCCUUUUGUUGUGUUUUGCUCUGCUGGAGAUGGAGAAAUAAAGAUUUCUCCCUCUUUAAAAAUUAAUAACUCUCUUGUAUUAUUCUUGAAAGUUUUAUUCUUCUUUAGAGAGCUCAAAGUUACCACAAAAAGUGAUUUUCUUUCAAACUAAUUUUCCUUCAACAGUGGCAUGUUGUCUUAAAACAUGACAGCAUCCACAUGAGCAGCUGGUGUGGGCGCUUUCAAAGGUGUUACCUAAAACAGCAGCUCCCUCAGCCUCUGUGCUAACCCUCAAUCUUUCUUCCCCAUCUCUAGCUGUGCUGUUGACCGUGUGCUGCAUGAGGAGGAAGAAGAAGUCGUCUAAUCAAGAGAACAACCUCAGUUACUGGAACAACGCCAUCACCAUGGACUACUUUAGCAGGCACGCCGUCGAGCUGCCCAGAGAGAUACACACUCUGGAGAGCGAGGUACAAACGACUGACACACUGACUCUGCUAGCGCGCAGCUCUGCACACAAAGGCGGGGGAGACGUUUCACUGUCAGUCAGCAGAACAGGUUUAAUGAGUGAGGGAACUAGAGCAAGAUCCACAUCCAAUCUUCGCUGUUAGGGAGUCUUGACACCUGCUGAAGUGCACCUGCACCUGACAUUACAGUGUGAGAAUGGCAAUGUUUGGAUAAAAGCGGCCGAGAUACCAGAUCUUCUUCUUCUAGAUAGAGAUUACAAAAUCUAGCAAGAGAACGUGGUUUCUGACUGAUAUCUGACUCAUCAUGACCACAUUAUUAAAAAAAAUCUUUCCUACAGUGCUGCGAUUAAUGCUGCAUAGAUAAGAACAGAUCCCAGCAAUCAUAUUUCAGCCCAUUGCACACAAUGCUUCAGUAUAAUUAUUGGUCUGUCUGUGUUUUCUAUUGUUGAUAACUCUGUUCCCCCCCAAAAUGUUCCAUUGCUCAGGCUGUAAUUUAUCCUCCUACGGAUGCUUUUCUAUUCAUGUUUGCUGACAAAUGAUACUAAUUGCCCGUUUCAUUUUUUUUUUACUGAACAUGCUGCUUUAGAGAUUAAUUCUUGUCCAUGAUUUUCUGUUUCUCUCCUGCCAAAUCUUGAAUAAUGAUUAUUCUGUUACAAUGACAAAAAACUUGGAUUAGAAGCAUCAGUAUAUGCAAAAUCCUGCUCUUUAAUGCGUUACGGCACCAUCUAGUGGAUAUGGUAUCACACAGCAGUAAUGUCUAGUAUUAAGUCUGUGCCGUCUACUCUGUUUUGCCCGUACAUGAAUGUGAUUGAUCAUUACUUUUCAUAUCUGCUUUCUUUCUCUUCUCUUCUGCCAUCAUUUCACUUGACAUCUUCUUCCUUUUAAUUGUUCUUUUAAUUUCGCGCUCCUCUGCUGCCUGUUGGGGGCGUCAGGAGAGGGAAGCUGAGGUUGGAACAUGUGUGGGAUGCCCCUGGUGACACCCAGGUGUUGUUUUCCCCCCUGAUUUACCUGUAUCUGUAGUGAAGCAGCCCCUAUAGCUUCCCCCUGGUGCUUUAGCUAAAUGACAGUGCUCUGGGAGAAAAUGAUCAUGAAUUACAGCUGUAGUGUGAUUUGGAUCCUGCCGAUAAAAUUGGCCUGAUUCCUGCUGUAAAGGAGAUCAUUUUGUUUCUCACACCUCCCUCCUCCUCCUCCUCCUCCUCCUCCGGCACUGCCUUAUUACUGCUGACUCACCAUCAGCAACCAUUUCCACAUCACCCCCCUCUCUUUCCCCCCUUACAUUAAGUCCCUCUGUUGUUUCUUCUGAGUCAUCCCUCCCUUUAUUUCUCUCUCUGCUCAUGAGGCUUUUACAUCUUCCCCUCUGCCUCUCUUUGUAUCUCGGCUCAUCUAGCUCUGUCAGAUAUCUUUGUUCAGCAUCUCCUUAAAAGCCCCAGGGUUCCUGCAUUGAAACCCAUAUUUUAUUCUGUUCUUAGACUCUCUGACUCCGCUCACUGCCUGUAGAGUGACUUAGAUACAGUAGACUGCAGCGUGCGCACUAAUGGGGAGCCCUAGAGCACCAAUCAUGAAUCACAGCCGUUUUUUAACACUUCUGCACGUCCUAAAUCUUUUCAUAUGUGCGUUUGCAGGAGCAGGACACCUGUCUCCCGCCUAAUGGAGACUACAGCGGCAGCAGCAUGGUCCUGGUUAACCCUUUCUGCCAGGAGACCCUCUUCAUCAACAGAGACAAAGCUUCUGCCAUCUAGAGACUGAAAAAAAAAGAGAGAGACUGUCGGACUCCCCCCUCUUCUACACCCCCUGCUGUUGUUGUCUAUUUUAUAUAUGUGGUAAAUAUUCAGAGACUCUGACUUUAUACUGUAUAUGACUGAAAAAAAAAACAAGAGCAACCAGAAGAAGAGCGAUGUAAACAGACAAUAUUUACUAUGAGAAUGCACCCGCAUAUUUUUCUGAUGUACAUUUUCUACAAAAAGGCUUAAUUGUGAUAAAAGGUUUUUAUUGUCUUUAUAAAAUACAGAGUAUAUGUGGUUUUGUUUCAUUACAGUGGCUUGAUGGGUGUCGCCACAUGAAAUCUGCUUUAGAGAGAGAAACAUGCUAUGAGAACAUUAAAGCUCUACUUUCUUCAGUUCUUUUCCUUUAAAAUUGAUCCCAAAAUACUUACAGCCUGAUGAACUUGAAUAUAGCACCUAUGAACUAAGGGGGAAACAGCGAUUUGCUGCAAAAGUAUAUUCACAAUGUUCAAUCUGGGCAUGUAUUUAUCAAACUUAAAUUAGUUUUGUGCAGGUAACCAAACAGACUCCGAUUGGUACUGGUGGCUCUUCAUGCAUGAGCGUAUUUAUGAACAAGAUAGAGGAUUUCUCUUCAGCUGUUUUUAAUGUCUGUUACAGCUGCCAUUAGGUGUUACAGCAUGCAGCACAAAAACACCACAGUUGAUGUUCUCUACAACUCAGAUCCAAAUUCAGGGUUAGUUCAACAGAUCAUUAUUGAAAGCGAGAAAGAAGACGUUUUUUUAAUCUUUAAAAAGAAAUCAAGGUCAGCAAAGAGAUGCCAAACACUCUUUUGUUUACAGGGGGCGCCAAGACCAACACAAUUUUUAAGUUCUUGAAAGCGUUGCAUAAAUUUAAAGGGUGAAAUCUCUAGAAUUUUCCUGGCCUUGCCACCAGUUACAAAUAUAAAUGUGAAAGUAACAACAUAAAAAUGAAUUUGAAUUACAUUAUUAUUUAUGAAACAAUAAUGUUAGUGUUAGCCCCAGGAUAUCUGAAAAAUUCCAGACCUAAUAUAUAAUUUAAAGCUCCUGUGAAGAGCUUUUUUUUACAUUUAUGAAACAAACAGAAAUUUACAUUAAUGCUUUUUCAUGGUACACAAAGGUGAACAAGACCAUCUGUGGCAAAAUCAAUGAUUUUGAUAUUGCAGUGUUUGAGGCCCAAGGGGGGUAGGGGUCAGCUGAGCACCUGAAGUAAAAGCCCUUUCUUUGGGUUGGGGGUACAAAAACUUGAACACAUAAUAUCUUUAAAUUAUCAAUGAAAAGUUGGAAGAAAUAAUUAACAAAAAAUGAAAUUAGAUAGAAAGUUAGCAGAGAAAUGCGACUGAAUUUCACACAGCAGUUUGAUAAACACAGGCCCAGAUUUAAUGGUUAAUGUGAGCAGCAUAUUUUGUGACAUAUGGUCUACAUCCUGCAGUUUUGACUGAACUAAAAAAGCUUUCCCCCUUAUGUGUCACCAGCUUCUCUUCAGAGGGACCACAUAGAUGUCUUAAGUCCUUAUGUUGGCCCUUAAUAUAUCAGAGUCUGUAUGUUUGUGUGUGUGAAUGCCCUGUUUGUGCAGUAAAGUGUGGAUGUGUGUGUUCCUUUAACCAAAUAUCACUGUUACUUUAAAUCAAAUGAGACUGUGUAUCACUUUCAGAUCUGUUUUUCUGUCUGUUUAUGUGCGUGCCUCUGUGUGUAUGUGUGUGUGUGAGUGUCUUGUGUGUCUCGUGGCGAGGAAAAUACUUUCUCAGAGCUGUAGGAAACAAAUAGACCAACCUUGCUACUGUAAAUGUCUCCCUCCAUAAAUACUGUGUUUGUUGAAACAUUGAAUGAUUGUGAGUUAUUCAAUGGACAACAAAAUACAUGUUAAAGGCUGUCAAAAAACCUGAAAUACAUACUGUAUGCUGAAUAUUUACUGUGAGCACACGCAGAGGCAGUUUAAUCAAAAGAGCGUGGUUGAAUAUUUCAAUUAUUGAAUCUGUGGUCCUUCUUUCAUCAGUUUUACGUUGCAUUGCUGCAGUUUUAUUCAAUAAUCGAUGCUGCCUGCCUCUGUCGUCGCUGGAGAUGUUCUGCAUUGUGAGAUGUUGUUCUGAAGCCGUUGACUGAAGCGGUAAUGUUGGGUAAAACGGUUAAACAUAUUGAUAUUUCCUGCAUUGGAUGCUCUCAGCUGGGCUUCUUGUUUUGCACGCUCAAAGUGGAUAUUUUACAAAACGUUCAGUGGCACGGUGGAGCAGUGUUCAACAUUAUGUAUUUUUUUGUACUGUAGUAUACACUGUACUUUUUACUGCUGAGCAAUAAAACAAAGAAAAAACACUUCAA